GCUAGGAGACCGAGGGACGCGGAAGAGCGGCGGGCUUGAAGUUGCUCCUGGGGUUCCAGAGGGGCAAUAGCAUGUUAGCAGGCGGGGGGCGAGGCAGGAGGGAAACCAGGUUGGUAGUGAAACCGGGGGGAAAGAAUCGUGUGUGUGUGUGUGUGUGUGUGUGUGUGUAUUGCAAUGUGUGGGUGUAUAGCAAUAUUAUAUAUAUAUAUAGCACACACACAUAUAUAUAUACACCCACAUAUACUGUAUACACACACACAUAUAUAUACAUAUAUGUAUUAUAUAUUGCAAUAUAUGUGUGUGGGUGUAUGUGUAUGUGUGGGUGUGUAUAUAUAUAUAUAUAUAUGUGUGUGUGUGUGUGUAUAUAUAUAAUUUUUAGUGUGUGUGUCUGCAUACACACCUGCUUGGUGUUCAGAACUAUGUUUAAAAAAAAAGUCAUGGAAAAACAGACAAGACACAGAAUGGUUCUGGAAUCUGUGCAUUCUCCUUGAAGGAACAGGGCGUAAAAAUGUUCGAAUACAUAUGCUGGAUUGGCAGGUAUAACAAAUAGGACAAGAGAAAAGGAGGAUAAAGAAUAUAAGGAGGGUUGGAUAGUGUCUACUGAGUGUUUUUAAGAACCAGUAUAAACAAGUAAAUAACCUAGCAGGUCUUUGAGUCAAUCCAGCAGAACAGAAGUGAAUAGAAUUUAACGGAGGAAGAAAUCUGAAGAGUAAAAAUUUGGAAUAUGUCAUUUAAUAGAAAAAAUAAAGAAACCAGGAAAAGGGUGGAAGGGGAGUCACCAGGUAUUUAGUUGUAUGUCGAGAUUGAUAUGAAAGUUGUUCAACUGUGGGGGCGGGGGAGGGGAUGGGGUGGUUUUUUUUUCUUUUCUGUCUCUGUAUUAAAAAUGAAACGAAUGAAUGAAUGAAUGGAACAGGGCGUAUUUGUUGAUGGCAUUCCGGAGGCUUUGCAAAAUUCACCUACAUCACGUGGCGUUUGCAGUUGAGAUGAUGAGGAUGGGCAAGGGGUGUAGUAGUUUUUUGUUUGUUUUUUAAUUGAUAAGCUGCUUUUGUUUAAUUAUCAAUGGUUGCAGUUGUGCUUUUUUAAUGAAAAAAUGACACCAACAAUGUAAACAGCUUUGAGUUUAGGAAGCUUGCAAAUGUCUUCAGUACCAUGGCACUUUUGUUUUUGCAAGCUUUCAAAGCAGACCUAGUCCUUUGCAUCUAUCAGUGGGCUUAAAAAGAUUAAGGUAAAGGACCCCUGACAGUUAAGUCCAGUCACAGACAACUCUGGGGUUGCGGCGCUCCUCUCGCUUUACAGGCCAAGGGAGUAGACGUUUGUCCAUGGACAGUUUUUCUGGGUCAUGUGGCCAGUAUGACUAAGCCGCUUCUGGCGCAAUGGAACACCGAAACCAGAGCAGCGCACGGAAACGCCAUUUACCUUCCUGCCGGAGUGUUACCUAUUUAUCUACUUGCACUUUUUGGCAUGCUUUCAAACUGCUAGGCUGGCAGGAGCUGGGAUCAAGCAACUGGAGCUCAUGCCGUCGUGGGGAUUCAAACUGCCGACCUUCUGAUCGGCAAACCCAAGAGGCUCAGUGGUUUAGACCACAGUGCCACCUGUGUCCCAUCAGUGGGCUUACUCUUGAGUAAAUGUGACUGUGCAGUCUUGUGGCCUGAUCUCAUGUAAACCACAAAGGCUGCAAUCCAAAAACCACUCACUUGGGAGUAAGACCCAUUGCACUAAGUAGGACUUACUUUUGGGUAAGCAUGUAUAGGAUUGUACUGUAAUGCGAUUUACUUUCAUAUAAGUGUACUUAGGAUUGGAGCCAUAGUUAUUGUGGUCUCCUAUAGAGUGGAUGAAAGAAUGAAUGUGGAAAAGUUAUGAAACAGGCAACCAAAAUGUAAAACUUUUUAGAAGUUUGUGUUCGUUACUGUCAACAUUUUAAAAACAUGUUUAUAUUUAAUAUUGUUUUGUUUAAUUACUUUCCUGCUAGCAGAUUUAGGGCAAAGUUACAACUAAGAAGAUAUGGAGAUAGCAAUCAGGCAGCACCUGUCAGAUGCUGAGAGACAUCAAGGUAAAUGUUACUAACCAUCUUUCUCUUUUAUAAAGAUGUAUAAUGUUGACUCUUUCUUUUCCAUGUACUCAAAUAGACUAGGUACUCUCCCCAUAGAUACAGAUACUCCUAGAUACAGAUUGGGGCAUUCCUAGGUAAAUGUGCAUAGGAUUGCUGCUAACAUUGUGUAAUAAAAUCCUAUGUAUAAUACAAUUCUUUCUGUUUAGAUAAAAAGCCACAGAGAGUGGGGGACGGAGGGAGAGAGACAGAUGUUAACCAGAAAGUUGAUGGCUUGAGCCCACCUAGGGAUAGCUGUGGGCAGGAUUCCUGCAUUCCAGGGGGUUCGACUAGAUGGCCCUCGGUUCCCUUUCAACUCUAUGAUUCUAUGAUUCUGUUAUUCUAACUGUGCUUUGCCCUAAAUAGCCUUAUGUCUAUUUAUCUUACAUAUAGAGUGCAUACAUAUUUCAGAAUAUCCUGAUAUCAUAGUGUGCUGAAACUCAUUUCAGGCAUGCUGAGCUAUGGUAUACCCCCACUGGCAGCAUAGAAAUAGCAAGUCUUAAGAGUGGUAUGUUAUGGUUGCUCCUCAUAGGGAACUGACACCCAGUUUCCACGAUCAAAAAUAUUUCUCAUUUUGUUUUGGCUCAUGUUUUCUGGUGGCUUGCAUGUGGUGCAGUCUGAAUGAUUUGCCACACCUUAGACUAUUGGCGACACCACAAUAGAUGGUGCAUUGAAAGUCACACCUGAACUGUGCAGCUGCAUCUUAUGCUGCAACAGGCUAUUGAUCCUUCUAGCCAGCAUUGUCUACUCUGACUGGCAGUAACUGUCUCAGGCAAGCAUCUUUCACAGACCUGCUUUCGGAAAUAUUUUAAUAGGAGAUGUGAGGAGUUGAAACUGGGACUUAUUGCAUGCAAAACAUAUGGGCUUUUUUUCCGCCAGAACUCAGUUCCAGCACGUCUCAGGUGGGUGCCAUUGCCAUUAUAAGAGAACAAGGGUUCAUGAUGAGGGUUCUAGAAAACAAGGGUUCUAGAAAAAUAGCACUGGUUCAAGUCAAGGCUUGUGGAGAACUGCUCAGGGAACUGCUUUAUCACAUUUAUAUUUUGCUGGAACUGACACGACAGAAAACAUCAGAUCAAAACAAAUCCUAGUUAAUGAUCAUGCAGAUUUGCCCUGAUACAUAUUGAUAGUCCAAAACAGUUUACUGUGUUAGGAUGCAAUCAUAUACAUACUUACUUGGGAGUAAGUCCCCUUGAACUUAAUGAGACUGAGGAGUAUAGGAUUGUGUUUUGUUUGGAUACGUCUGAUUGUUUACAUUAUGAAAAUAAAACAGGUAUUUGUUCGAAAUGGUUAUGUUAUUUUCUGCCUAACUAAAAUUUUAUUUUCAAGAUGUUGAAGCACUGAAGAGUGCUUACAAAUUGAUCAAAUCAGCUAAUGAUGGGAAAUCAGCCCUUGAUGCCUUGGAGAGUUUCUCUUUUGACUUGUAUGUCAUGUGUGCCGAACAGGCUUAUAAGGUAACAGUAUACCCCUUUUGUAACAAUACACCCCUUUUUACUUUAUGAGGUGUUUGUUCAUCUUAAUUUAAAACUGAAAUCUGCUUAAUUUUAGAUGGGUUUUCCGGACAUGAGCAAUGACUGUCUACGAAUGUAUUUUAAAGGAAAACCUCCAGUUAACCAGUUUUUGGGUAGAGCAUAUUUGUGCAAGAGCCAAUUAUAUACCCCUGUGUCUACUGAUAAUUUGGUGAGCAUGUACUGUGAGUUUGGGUGUUGAUUUUAAGGCUGUUCUUUUGUUGUGAUCAGGUGAAGGCAAAAUUCCAUGUUAUAUAGUAAACAGUAUGAUUUGCCUUCUAAGAAAAGAUAAAUCUUUGGAACCAGUUGUUUUCCAUUCCCUCCUCCCACCGUUGCACACCAUGAAAAGCCUUUCUGAAGGAUACAGAAAAUGAUGUUGUUGGAUAGGACAUAGGUGUGGGUGUACUGAAGCAGAGAGGAGGGGAGGGAGUUAUAGCUGGCUCAAGAGCUAAUAUGCACAACAUAUAUGUUGGGGGUUUUUUAAUUUUUAAAAAAUAGAGUGUAUAGAAGUUUCAAGUCAUACUAAGUCAGUAAUAAAGGCUUUGAGUCAUUCCCAGAUAUUUUUUUUUAAAUAUAUUUUGUUUUGUUUUAGGAACAAUUUGACAAAUUCAUUGUACAUUUGCUGAAAGUAGUAGACUUUGCAUUAGGUAACGCAAGGUAAGUCCUCUAUAUUUGGUUUCCAUUUGGGGCAUUCUUUGUGGGUUUCUUUGUUUCCACCAGGCAAUAUUUCUGAAGUAUGGUUCUUGACUAGAACAAUGAUAUCACAGUGUGGAAGAUUGAAUUGAAUCAUUGUACCACAGUUUUCAAAAAUGCACCCCAAACAGUAAUCAAUAUAUUUGCUAUUUUAGUUCAGAGCUGACGUGUUGCAGCAAAACAAUGAAGAUCAUGUCCGUAUUCGAUCAAAUGGGAUCCAUCCUCCCAAAUUAAGAUACCUUUAUUAGUCCUUACUUUUAUAUUAAACAUAAUAGUCCAUGAUUAUAGGAUACAAAUGAGUAGCAAGGAGAAUUUCAGUUACUUGAAAAUUGCAGAAAUUAGAAGCUUAUGUGAAAAUAAAGCUGCAUAACGGCCACCGGCAACAUUUAAUUCUUAGAGAGUAAACAUUGUAAAUCAAGGUGGGGCUACCUUUGAAGGUGACCUGGAAACUACAACUAAUCCAGAAUCCUGCAGCUAGACUGGUAACUGGGAGUGGCCGCCAAGUCUACAUAACACCGGUCCUGAAAGGCUCCCAGUACGUUUCCGAGCACAAUUCAAAGCGUUGGUGCUGACCUUUAAAGCCCUAAACAGCCUCGGCCCAGCAUACCUGAAGGAGCAUCUCCACUCCCAUUGUUCAGUCCGGAUGCUGAGGCCCAGCUUUGAGGGCCUUCUGGCAGUUCCCUCACUGCGAGAUGUGAAGUUACAGGAAACCAGGUAGAGUGGCCUUCUCAGUAGUGGUGCCUGCCCUGUGGAAUGCCCUCCCACCAGAUGUCAAAGAAAUAAACAACUAUCCAACUUUUAGAAGACAUCUGAAGGCAGCCCUGUUUAGGGAAGCUUUUAAUAUUUGAUGAAUUACUGUAUUUUAAUAAUUUGCUGGAAGCCGCCCAGCUUUAUGUUCAUUUCAGGUCUGUCACACAGACCACCUUGCAUGGGCCUCUUGCCUCAGGUUGGCCACCCAUUAAAUAGAUGAUGCAGUGAAGUUGACAGCAAGAACUUGGUGGGGCAAAGAAGCCCCGAGUCCGUUUCAUCCCUGCACAAUAUCAUAAUGUGUACUCUAUUGUAUUCCAGGUACUAUUUUUUGAUACAUAAUGCUUCGGUUAUAUACUGGAGGAUUGUAAGGCCAUUUCUUAAGCCUGGGUUUCGCCACUAUCUUAUUCCAAGCCUCUACCAGAUUGUGCCUGCACUGAAACAUCCCAUUGAGCAAGACAAGGACUGGACUGCAGAACUGAUGAUGUAAGUUGAAGUUUCUUUCUUUCUUUCUUUAUAAAAUGCUUCUAAACCUCUCAUUUGUAUAUAAUACCAAGCUGGUAUAUAUCAACAUAUGCAGAUACAGUAAGAGCGUAAAAUACCAUUAAAGCAAUACAAAACAAUCGUAGAAAUGAGUGACUCAUCUUAAGGAAAUUUAAACAACUGAAUAGGCCUGCUAGCAUCAAAAGGUCUUCAAGUGACUCUUGAAAAUUAGUAGCAAGGAUUUUAAAACAUUCAUUUUUACCCAGUUGACUGAUGGCUGAAAGAUAUCGUUCUUGGAAACUCUGGGAUUCUUAGCUGCGAGAGUAUCUGGUUGGUUUUGGAAGUUUGCUUUUCGUUGCUCACAUGCCCAGACGCCAUAACCCACUGCCCCCCCAUCCAUUAAAUGACCACUCAUGACAACAUUCUUUGGUUCAAAUUCAGCCGCAACUUUAUUAAUUAAAGAUGUACAUAGCUUAGGCUUAGGCUUUAGGUAUAACCAUUUCAACUGGCCCGCCUGCUGGUUGAUUCUUCCAGGGGUCGACUCUGUGGCAAGGGAGUCCUAUGAUAUACAUUAAAUUGGGACUCCCCACAAAAAUCGUCUUUGAGGAGAGCUAUGGCCCUAGCCCCUGUCUAGGUGUCCAGACAGCAGCACCUCCACCAGGAUCCCUUUAAUGGGAUACCCCAUUCCCUUGGAGGGGCAGGCAAAGCCUUAAAACCUCCCCUCCAACCAUGACUUUUACCCAUUGCCUUACCCACUAAUGUUGUUACUAUAAGGUAGGCAAAAACCCCAGGUCAGCUAAUUGGUCCAAGGAACAAAUUCCUCCUGAGCACCAAAUGCAGCAAACAAUUGUAAUCCAUAGUAAAGUCAGAAAAUGAACACUACCUCCAUGAUGGGCAGGAGCCAGCCUAGCUAUAGCAAGGGUGGGAGAGAGAUUCAAAGUGCCAGGUAUGAGGCCCGGCACUCUUUAGAUACUCUAGGAGUGGACCUGAGUGAAGUCCUCAAGGGAAUCAGUCAGGCCCACUCCCAGGAGUGCCUGCCCCUUGACCUAGCCGCUAUUGGCCAAUUUGCAGCCAGGCCCGAUUCAAACACUCCAGUCAUGUCUUCUGUUGGUCAAGGUCCCAGAUGGAGAGACUGGGGGACCAGCAGGAUGCCGCCGUUCCUCAACGCUACCCAACAUUGACAUAACGCAGUAUUUUAGAUGUUUUAAUUGUAUUGUUGUAGCAUUGGGGUGUUUGCGAAAUAGAAAUGUAAUAAAUAACAAAAAAAAGAACAAAUAAGUAUACUGAUCAUACUUUAAUGCACUUUCAUUUUGUGCACCGAAGGACUACAAGCAGCUAAAGCUCCCCCCUCCUGCUUUUUGCUGAUCCAGAAGUAGCCAGUCUUUGGCAAAAUUACAGAAUGGUCUUUCCUACUUUAAUUUAGGGAAAUCCUAGCAGGCUAUUAUAUUGCAGGAGAUCAUGGUUCAUUGUGUAUUUGCAAACUUCUGAUUGCUUUCUGGCUUCUUUUCCUUCCUUCCAUAUGCCUAGAUUGUAGCAUAGCUUCCGUUUUCUCUUGACACACAUAUGCUUUGCCUUGGCAGAGAUGCCAACUGCACACUGGAGCCUUUGUCCUUGUCAGUUUUCAUUGAACUAAACGGAUGAGACUUGUUGGUCUUUUAUUGCCAAUCAGAUUACUGUCUCUUUCAAAUGAAACUACUGGAGGACAUGGUGUUGACUGAUGGAAGGGAAAGAAAACAUGGUAUUUCUGAGAUGAUUGUAAUGGCUCUUCAUAGGCUCAAAACAUUUCCUCUGGAGGGAAAUAAAAGAGAAGAGAAAUGGAACUGGCUAAAAAGUUCCAGCCAAUCAAUGCUGGCUCAGGUUUCUAAACUUAAGUCUGUCUGCAUUCAUCGGACUUUCACCCUUACUGUCAACAUUGAUUAAACAAAGGGUUUAAUUUACAAUAGACUGUUAAUAUAGUAUUUUGCUGGAAUAACUUUAGAAUCAGCAAGCAAAUUGGAGUAUUGAGGGCAUUUGAGAUGACAGGAGGAGUGCAUCAAGACUGCUUGUUAGCUUCCUUGCUCAGUCCUUCUUCUUCUUCUUCUUCUUCUUCUUCUUCUUCUUCUUCUUCUUCUUUUGAGAAUUAUGUUAAGCACAGAUCUUAUGAUUUGAGUGCAAGUGCAUCUAUCUAACCUAUCAAAAAUGUCAGUUACCUAAAGGAAACUUAAGUUAGCAAUUUGACCAAUGCAGUGCUGGCAAAAAACAAACUGACAAAAUAUUUUAAAGCUUCUUAGAACAUAAAAGGAAGGAUAAAAAGUAAAAUACAUUUUACUGAAAAGAGAAAAAAUGUAUCUUACAGAAAAGGGAAAAAAAUACAUUUUACAGGUUUGGAACUUUUGAACAGGGUUGAAUUAAUCUAUUUUAAAACACUUUGAUUGAGUAAAAAGCUGCCCCUGAUUAACUGGGUAAAAAAAAAGUUCAUCGUUUUAAAUAAGGAGCCCUGUCAAAACUGCUAAUGGCAGGUGCUAUCUUACAAGAGGCUUUCAUCCCACUCUAUGUCUUUUCUAAGAUGGUGAUUGUAUCAUUUUGUAAGCUUGUAUGCAGAUGAAAUCAACAAAAACUCAUAUGAUUAUCAAUGCAAGAGUGCCUCAGAUGGCUAGCAAUUUGAAAAGGAGCCUGGAAUGGAAGCUAAAGGUUACACUUGCAGCAGGUAAAUCAGAAUAGGCCGCUAUGUCUGUGCAUUCCUUUGGAUGUGAGCACCUUAAUAAACGAAUGGUCUUUUGCAGCUUUCAAAUGAGAUAUAGUGAUUUUGUAACAUUGCUCAUUUAUAAACACCUUGCACAAUUGUGUUAACAAUAAACAUUAUUUUGUUUGUGUUUCAGAGAGUUGCUUGAGUGUUUCCUGGAUGCUUCCAGAACGCAAGAAGCUAUAGAAUUUUCUUCAACUGCAGCAGCAUUUAUUAAAGAAUAUGUUCCAGGGAGAUAUAAACAAAUAUUUUCAAUAAUGGUAACUUCUGUUAAUCAACAUAGGAAUCAUAUGGUUUCCUAUUGUAGCGGGGGACGACACAUUUUUUCAGCCCAAGGGCUUCAUUCUCUUUGGGAAAACCUCUGGGGACCACAUGCUGUAGCAGACCCACCACCUAAUACCACCAAUUAAUAAGGUGGUGGAUCCACUCCCACUAACUGCUUCCUAUUAAUAUAAUACACCCACCUCACAGUACACCCAUUGCACAAAUUUCUACAAUUUACCACAGAUUAUCUAGUGGGGGACUUGUGUGAGGGAAAACGUAAUGAUUUAGAGUCUCAGGCAGGAGUCGAACAAACCAACAAGAAACGUUUAUUGGACGAAAGAGAUUUAUGAAACAAAGUGGGUCAGGAAAUUAUUUCUUUCAGGUAGAAGAUAAACCUGAUUAGUUUAAGACAAUGCGUUGAAUGCUGUCGCCUUCCCCCUCCAUUUUUUAAAAACUGAAGGCCAUUUCAGGUUACCCAACUUUCUACCACUAAAAGUAAACCAGCCCUGGUAGAAUUCUGUUGCAGUUGUUUGCUCUGUGCUGUAGUACACACCCUAGGAAAAAUGACUAGCUAAAUCUGAUCACUGAGCAUUAUCAAAUAUGUAUGCAUUUGAUGCCUAAUACGAUUGGUGAUUCCCUCCCCCCCUUCUGUUCCAUUUCUUUUCAUCUUUUUGUUUCUUUCCAUAUGAUCAAUCUCGGGGUAAUGGGAAAUGGAUCUUGCAUAACAUUUCAUGAAAUGAAAAAUGUACUGGAUUUCCCAUGGAUGUAAUAUUAAUAAAGCCAUAAGAUAAAAGUAAAUCAGGUUGUGCAUUAUACACUGCUCAAAGGUACCUUUGAGAAAAGCAACCUAGCAGUGGUAUUAAACUACAAAAGCAAUUGAUAAAUGGCUAGUGAGCUACAUCUCUCAGAAGUGCCACCAAUCAUUUCUGUAAUAACCACAUAAUAAGUGAGCAUUCCAGUACAUCUGCAGUCCAUGAGAAAGGGAAGUUGAAAAUGAUCUAAUUAAGCAAAAUGGAUUGUUUAAGUUUGUUGCUAUAAAGCUUCAUUUUGGAAUAGGCAAAAUAAGCAGAAGAAAGAUUGAAUUAAAACUCUGUAGCAUAGCAGAUUAUUCAGUAAAUUCACAUUUGCUCCCAUUGCUUAAUGUUUAGUUGGUAGUGUCACAAUCCAGAAUUGAGGUCAUUCGUCUUGCUCACUUUAGUGGAGAGAAGCAUCCUACACUUUGGAAGCCCAUCUGGAAGGGAGCUUUGUGUUCUAAGUGAAGCCUUUAUAAAUGUAUAGGACUUAAUGUUCAAACAUAAGAAGUUUCUUCUGGAUCAGUCCCACAGCCCAUGGCCAACAUGCCCCAACAUGCAUCACUUUACACUUUCUUACACUGUAUUUGCCAUUUUACUGCCCAUUCUCCCAGUUUGGAGAAAUCCUUUCAAAGCUCUUCACAUGCCUUUUCGUUUUAAGCACCCUGAACAGUUUGGUAUCUUCAGCAAACUUGAUUAUCUCACAGUUAACCCUUAACUCGUAAGUCAUUUGUGAGGAAGUGAAAAAGCACAGGUCCCAAUGCUGAUCCUUGGGAAAUCCACUUUCUACAUCCCUCUACUGAGACCUGUCCAUUUAUUCCUACAGUCUGCUUCCUGUUUCUCUCCUUUUCUUCCAUGACUGCUAAAGUUGCUCAGGUCUUUGGUGAGACUAAGGAUCCUGCUGUGGUAAUGUCAGACAAUGGCAUCGUUUGCAAACUUAAACCUGCAAGAAAAUGUUAUGAAGGAUUUUAAUCUUUCUUGACUUGCUCCUUGCUUUAAAUGCUGAUAUAACUUUUAUAAUUGCUUCUAGGUGCGUUACAAACUAAUGGAAGCUUUAGAUAUAGAAGACGAAGUGGAAAGUUCCGCCAAUCUGAACAUUAUUUAUAAAAUCCAAACAAUCAAGUUGUAAGUAUUGGUUAACAUAGAUGAGAAUCUCAAUUGUUUAAACCAGAGCUUUCCAAACUUUUUAUGCUGGUGACACACUUUUGAGACAUGCAUCAUUUCACGACACAGUAAUUCAGUUUUACUAGCAAACUGGAGGUUAAGCUAGCCCUUUUCCAGACCCAGGAGUAGCAUAGGGAGUUUUCACAUGACACACCUACACACUGAUGUGUCGUGACACACAGUUUGGAAAGCUCUGGUUUAAACCAUAUGGGCAGUAUUCAGUGCACUCAUCCCAUCAGCAUAGGAAAUUUUGGAUACACAGUGGAAUUUUGCCUCCCUCUCUUUUUCCUGCUUGCUCCCUAAAUCUCUUCUGGAUUUCCUCUCAACCUUCCAGAAAAGAUCUGGGGAGAGAAUGGAAAUGUUUGCGCUAAUGGAGCAAGUGCAUUGGAUACCACCCAAAUUCUAGAGGUGGGCUGCAAUCCAGAAAGCCAUGAGUGGAAGAAAAACUGCUAGUUCAACAUAGAAGUAUGGAACAGUUGCCUUGCAGGAUUAACCCCAUCCCUUUUUCUCUCUGUGAAAUAGUUGCAGGCACAUCCAGCAGCAGUGUGCUGGGUAGCUUGUUAUUCAGGUGUUGGCCUGAAUUGUUACUCAGCUUAGGUGAGCAGAUGAGUGACAUGCUGCAGAUCUGUCUUAUAGAGGGUCAGUCAUAAAUAUUUGCUGAUAUAGCUACUGUGAUGAUCCUCAAUAUAAGAAUAAAGCACUCAGAGCCUUCCCUCCACACUCAGCUCUUCUGGUUUCCUGAAUGGAAUUGAAUUUGGCAUGCUCUUAUGAAAAAUGAGAUUGCUUGGAGUGUAACUUUUGCUUGCCAAGGCCUAUCAUCUUAGAAGACAGGUCAAAUCAACUUUUGAUUUAUUUUAGGUUUUUUUUUAAAAAAAAAACAAUACUUUACUGUAUUCACAAAUCCUGCUUGUGUUAGAGGGGGAAAUGAUGAUUGUUUAAUAGGUUUUGAGAUGCUCUUCUGUUAGUAAUCAUUGCAUUAUAAAAUAAUUGCAGGCAGUUAGAUAAAAAUGAGAUUUCUCAAGACGUUGAUACAGAGUUGAAAACAAUAUACGGAAUUUUGAAAGGAUCUAGAAAGAAAUUAAACCGUAAAGAUAGGUAAGUUGCAUGUGUUAGCCACACUCUAGAAGCUCUUUUUUAAAACAUAAGCGUUUGCUAUUUAUCUUACAUCCAUGCCAAGAAGAUAAGAGUUGAUGGAGUGUCUCCCAUGCUAUAUUAAAGUUCUAUUGGUCCAAAGAUCUUUCAUAGUUUGUCCCUGGGGCACAAUCCCUCCCAGCACCAAUGGUGAUGAGGGUUUCAUGCAUCUCUCUCCCUCCUUGGCAUAUGCUAGUCAUUACCCAGAAUGGAAGGACUGUGUGCUUGUGUCUUCCUCCCUCCAGCCUUUCCUGUCCAACUCAAACAAAGUCACAGCUGGAGUCCUGGGUCGGGAGGGAGAAUUGAAUAUGGAAAUAACAAGUGCAGAGCUUCCCAUGCGCAUAACCAUAUGUGCAUGGAGGGAUCCGCAGUAGAACCCAAUGGAGGACUCUGCUCCCAUUAUUUCGGAAAAUGUUCACUCUUCUUAAGUAAUUCAUUACAUUUCCCAUUAUGUUCAUUCCACUGUAUUUGGGGUGGGGGUUUGCUGUUUUAUCCAUGGCUCUCUUCUUAACCUCUUGUUUCAGAUUGCAGCAUCCAUUCACUCCUUUUUGAAUAGCUGACUCUGGUAACUGGCUUGCUGGGCUACAUGCCCAUUUUCUCCCUUUCUCAGAUAAUUUGUUUGGAGGUGGGAUUGUGCUUUUUCGAAAUUUAAGAGAUUUCCCUGGGCUGGGGAUUUGAUGCCAGAUUUAAACGUACUGUCAUUUUAGGUUUAUAGUAAUAGAUAAGCAAUAAGUGAUUUCUUUACCAACACUACUUCUAUCCCAAUUGGUUUUAUUUUCUACUUUUCCAGAAUUUCCUUGCUGCUGGAAUUGGCUCGACUUUGCUUGAAACUAAAUUGUAUACCUAUUGCGUCUUUAUGUUUAAGCGACCUGUUCAAAUAUAAGAUUACUGUGAGUGUCAGGAAAUUCUUUUUUGAAUUACUUUGUUUUAUCAUUAUUUUUUAUUCUUGUAUGAGUGUCAAGCUGAACAAAGAAGAAAAGAUUCCAGUCCUAGAGCUAUUAUCAGAGACAAUUAAAGUCAUUGCCCUCUAAAGAACAAUUAAUUGCAAAAAGUAAGGAGAGAAUGUAUCAUUGGAAAUAAAUUAGUAUUUUCCUGUAUAUCUACAUAUUUAAAAUUGAGAAAGUUUUGUAAGGACUGGCUAUCCUGUUUGACCCAGUGGCCAUUAUCCUCAGCUGUGUUUGUGAUGGAAAUGAUGGGUUGUUUCCAACUAAGUUAUGCUUUGAGUAGACCAAAUUAAUGGACUUGUUAAUUUCAACGAGUCUACUCUGAACACGAGAUGGUUGGACAGUGUUCUCAAAGCUACUAACAUGAGUUUCACCAAACUGUGGGAGACAGUGGAAGACAGGAGUGCCUGGCGUGCUCUGGUCCAUGGGGUCAUAAAGAGUCAGACACAACUAAAUGACUAAACAACAACUCUGAACAUAACUUAGCUGGAUACAUUCCAAUGUGGUUAAUUCUCACAAUUCCUAUCAUACAAAAUAAUUCUAUUUAGCCACAACAAACAGUAUGUUCCUACCUCCCCGCAAAGCCCAUGGUGCUGAUAUUGUAGAGGGUGGAAAGGGGGACAUCCACUUGUUCUUGUAUAUUCUUAACCUAUCCCCUUUGCACUGUUUAUAUUAAAUGUUAAGUAUUGAUACACCGAUAAUACAUAUCAGCACAGGGAGAUGCCCACAUCCUUGUUAUCAUACAACAUCAUCACAGAUCAAAGGCUCUUUAAGAUUGCAGGGAUGUAGCAGCAGGUUAGAUAGCAGUCUGAACUUAUCUAUCUGCACAAUAGUCCAGCCCAAGUGUCCUCUGCCACUCAACCCUCACCUUCCCUUGCCCUGCCCAGGUAAACAGCAACAAUACCAAUGUCAGGAGGAUGACUUCGCCACAAUGCAUGUACUAUAAUUGUGUGUAUAAGGCAGAAACAAUUCCAACCAAAGAUAACACUUUGUGCAUCUGAUAAAGUAGAUUCUAGUCCAUGAAAGCUUAUGCUAUAAUGGAUCAGUUUGUUUUUAAGGUGCCACAAGCCUCUUUGUGGCAUUUACUGCAGCAGACAAAGACAGCUGUGCUUCUAGAAGUCGCAUGGCACUGACGAGUGCUUGUAGCACCCUAGGUCUUCAAGCACAAAUGCGCAACACUGUAAUGAAACAUCGGGCUGCACCAGAGAUUAAUCACGAACAUGUGCAUAUCUGGGUGAAAAAUAUGCUUAUAUUAAUAGGAUCCAGCAAGAGAAAUUGAAUUGGACUGCUUGGAAUGUGAUUGCGAAGUCCAGAAACUUGGGCCUAGAAUUGCAACUUAUGCUAAAAGUGUUGUUGAGGUAUGUUUGUUCCUUAAUUGACACUGCUUUGUAGAGAAAUAUCCCCCUUCCACAUAGGAUUUGGGUUCCCCCUCCCCCUUUCCUUCUGUGUCUUUUCCCCAAAUCAUGAAACAUAGUUACACAGGAAAGAUAGGGAAGUGUGCUCCAAGCUGGAGGGAAGAGAGUGGUCUGCUGGUCAAUAACUGUUGUCAUAGAAAAUUGCAAGACAAAUUUCUGUAACUCAUGUGCUAUGCCUCAUAAUCAGUGUAUUACUACUGCAGGACAGUGCUGCCGGCUUUUAUAACACACCAGCUGUGAGAACAUGCAUGCAGCCAAUGCACUCUCAGUCUGUGAGGCACCCCCCCCCCCGGAGAGGCCACUGAGUGGCCCAUUUGAUAUGCAGCAGCUGGCAGGAAUUCGAGCCAGACGUCCUGGCGGCUGGGGUAAAUCCCCUAAUGGCCGCCUGACCAUGUGCACUCUGUUCUUACUGCCCGGGGAUGGCGGCCGAGCGUGAGGGACCUUGACAGGCACCCACUCAGAAAGGGGUAAGCAUCCACUACCAGUAAGAUGGGGAAACAGUUUUUGUUCUUGGGAGAUGCUAUCAACAUGCUGUCCAGACUUUCCUCUAGUCUGCAGAUUAAGUUCAGGAAACAUUGUUUCUAUAAUCAAUGCAAAGUGUAUUUUUAUACUUGUAGGCUCAGCUAAAAACAAUACAGAAACUUGACCUAAUUUUGAAUCGUGCCAUUCGACUGAAGGACCCUAACGUUAUUCAGGCAGUAUGUGCUACCCUAUGGAAUACCUGCUUACCAUUACUGCAGCACAACUUGCAACAGCAUGUCCGAAGACCAUUGCUAGCUAUUGCUGAAAUCCUAGAGAAAAUUGACAGGUAAAUGGGUUUUGAUAUGUGUUGCUUGUUGUUUUAUGGCAGGCUUCCUCAAACUCGGCCCUCCAGAUGUUUUGAGACUAUACUUCCCAUCAUUCCUGACCAUUGAUCCUGUUAGCUAGGGAUCAUGGGAGUUGUAGGCCAAAAAUAUCUGGAGGGCCGAGUUUGAGGAAGCCUGUUUUACGGGAUCUGAUACCCUUUGUAUGAACAUCUGAUGUAUCAAGGAGCUGCGUUUUACUGAGUCAGACUAUUGGCUUAUCACAUUAGCUCUCCAGGCAGCAGUUUUCCCCAGUCUUUCUAUAGAGAUCCUUUUAACCAGAUAUCUGGCGCAUAUACAAACAACCCAUGGCUUUACCACUGAGCUAAAGCUUCUCAGUGUUCUAGCCUUCCUAUGCGACUAUAAUAACGCCACAGGUAUUUCACUGUAAGGUAAUAUUUUAUGCUGUAGAUUAAGUCAUAUACAUGAAUCCUUUGAAAAUUGUUCUGUCGUUGCCCUUCAAGAGCCAGUUAUGAUCAUUAUACGUAUUUAUAUGACUCUCUCUUUGCCAGACUUACUGCAAGUGGAAAAGGGAAAGGUUUUUUCAUCCAAAUAAAUCAUUAUUGCAAUACAGAUGCAUCACAUAAGAAGAAAGCGCCUCUUCAUAGUUUUAUUGAAUAUGGUUAUGUUUUCUAGCAUGUUGAUUUUGUUACGUUGCCAAGUUCAUAUGGAAAUUGCCCGCAUUGAAGAAAAUGGAGACAGAAUAGAGGCUGCCAUGGAACAUUUGCAGAAGGCAAUUUAUCUUGAUAACAAGGGGCUGUAUCAUGAAUACCUUAAAAUGGCAUUCAAUCGGCUUAGCUUAAAUACAAUGUUAUACCAGCCCCUGGAGCGUCUAGAAGACCAAGCAAGCUUGAUGAUUGAACAGGUAACUGCUGGUGAAGUUAUUCAAGUAUAUCAGUAAUAAUAUAAUCUAUCUAUAAACUAGAUACUCAUGUCUCUCUCUGUGUGUAUAAAACAAAUAAAAAGCAGGUGCAGAUUUGACUGAGAUAAGUAGCAGAUCGUUCUUCAUCACAAAACAACCUGUUGAAAAUAUUAAAAUAAAGGGUUAUGCCCAAUGUAUAUUUUGGGAGAUAAAUGCUAAAUGAAUAAAUUUAGUUUGUAUUUCCUCACUCCCAUCAAUGAUUAUAAUUUUAACACUUUUUAGGAUUUUCCAGAAAUCCUAAUUAACAGUAAAGAGCCAUGAUUAUUUUAUUUUAUCCAUUUGUAUGUUUUCACAUAACAUGAAUGUACUCUGGGUGGCUUACAAUAAAUGAGAAAAAUGCAAUUGAAAUGCAAAAUAAUAUAGAAAAUCAUAAUAUCCGAAGCUACAUAAGACACUAAUGUAGUCUCUCUGGCAUGAAUCCCGGAGUGAGAAUGGGUGUGAAGAGAGAUAGUGUUUAAAAGAGGCCCCAGAAAAAGCAUACAUAAUAAAUGUAGGAGUUGCAUUUAUAAAAUAGGGGCUUGUGAGCCUCUGUCGAAUUGCUGGUGGUGAAUGCCAAGAGGGGAGGUAUCAGUAUGCUGAGCGGAAUGCUAAAGUUUAUAGACCAAAAAAAAUUUGUUUUAAAGUAACCAUAAGAGGAAAUCCGCUUUCCUACCCACAAACAAUUCACUGAGGAGUGAGCAUAUCUAGUAGCCACAAAAAUUUCAGUGUCAGCCAGAAAAGAAAACUGAGGGAAGGGACAAUGGAACGAGGGGAGGGUGGCUGACAUCUCUCAGGGGACGGGGGUACACCGCCACGUUUUAUUGUUGCUCCUACCUGUGUAAUAGCAAAUGAUUUCCUUUGUUUAGGCUAAAAAAGGGACUCAAAAGGCUAGCGUGAGGAAAAAACGGUCUCUGUUGGUGAAUGCUGGCCAUGCACUCGCUCCCGAGGCAUUUCAGAUUGUCCUUGAUAGUGAAAAUGAAGUUAAAGGUAUUAUAAUCUAUCUGACGAAGCUUAUGUUGGUGAUAUUUUGCCUAACCUAAGAAUUGGAUUUCAGCUGUCAAAUACAGAGCCAGGAGGAGUAGAGUGUAAUGAAUUGUGAAAACUUUGUGGAUCCUGCGUCUAUAUCCGCUCCAUUCAUUGUAGUGGCUGUUUCCUACCCUUCCUACCCUUUAUUCAUGGCAGGUACUUGCCUCUGGCAAGCAGAGUGUAUAACUAGCACAAGUUUCAUUUUACGUGCUGCAGCUCAACUCACAUUGAGAAGGUUUAUAGUGAACUUCAAAAUGGAAAUUCAGUAGCUCCUUCACUUUAGCAGUAAGAACAAAGUAGCCAUAUUUACCAGUUGACUACAUUUCACACUGCUGGCCAUACUUCUCCCCUAUAUAGAAAAGGACCUUCUUUGGCUUGCUAUCCACAAAUCCUACUUGGCUUCACCUUCUGCUGGGCUGGGGUGUGCAUUCAAUGUGAUUAUUAUUUAACGUGAAUGCUAGGGGGAGAUACAAGGUAAAAUUGCAGUGGAUAAUAUGAUGAUACUCAUACCAUCUUAACAGGUGUGUUGUUUUGCAUGAGGUAGUAGUUUCCCAAACCUGGGUCUCUGUUUUUGGACUACAGUUCCCAUCAUCCCUAAGCACUGGCCCUGCUAGCUCAGGAUGAUGAGAGUUGUAGUCCGAAAACUGCUGGAAACGCAAGUUUGGGAAAUCCUGUAGUAGAUAGAUUGUUAGGAACAAAGAAACUUGAGUUCAAACUCUGCUCAAACAUGACCCUGGGCCAGUCACGCUCUUAGCCUAAAUUAUGUUCUUGUAAGGAUAACAAGGGCAAAGGUCUAACCUUGAGCUGCUGGGAAAAUGUGACUUUAAUAGUCUUCACAUCUCCAUCUUCAGGGGAAAUGUGCUUUACAACAAUGUGAGGCAGUCCAUUUGGGGUGACAAAUCCCAGAGUGGUUGCCAUUCUCCUGCCUCUAACCAGUCAUUGAACUGAACACAUCAGCUCUAGUCCAGAGUAAGGAAACUACCUUUUAAUUUUUCUACUCAGAUAUGAAAAUAUCUUAAGACUGACACCAGCCAAAUUUGAAUGUUGGAUCAAGGCUGUUUUUUUAAAUAAUCCAUAUAAACUGUUUUUAGUAAUUCAGUCCUGAAGCGAAAACUGUGAUCCCUCAGACAAAGUCUUGAGUGAUCAAAAGCUUUCCAGUUAACAUUUAAUAGGCUUUUGACAUAAAUUAUUAAAGAUGAGCUUUAAUUGAGGUAAACACCAGUUCCCAGUGAAAUGUAGGUUCUCAAGACUUUCGGCAUCAUGUAGCAGAACACUUACUGCCUUUCUAAACAACCAGCUUCCUUUAAAACAUAUAAGUUUAAGUGUUGUAUAUCUUAUGGUGACCUGCCUGACUUCUUGUUCUUUCAUAGAUUCAUAGAAUUGUAGAGUUGGAAGGGACCCCAGGGGUCAUCUUGUUGAACCCCCUUGCAAUGCAGGAUUCACAGCUAAAGAAUCUCUGACAGAUGGCCAUCCAUCCUCUCUUUCAAAAUAUCCAAUGAAGAAAAGUCCAUAGCCUUCUGAGGUAGUCUGUUCCACUGUCAAACAGCUCUUACCAUCAGAAGGUUCUUCCUGAUGUUUAGUUGGAAUCUCCUUUCUUGUAAUUUGGAUCCACUGGUUUUGCUCCUACCAUCUGGAACAGCAGAAAACAAGUGUGUUCCAUCUUCCGUGUUAUAUAGCCCUUCAGAUAUUCAAAGAUGGCUGUUGUAUCCCCUCUCCAUCUGCUCUCCUCCAGGCUAAACAUAUCCAUAUCGCUCUAUCAGUCCUUAUAAGGCUUGGUUUCCAGACCCUUGAUCAUCUUGGUCACUGUCCUCUGCACACAUUCCAGCUUAUCAAUAUCCUUCUUAAAUUGUGGUGCCCAGAACUGGAACAGUACUCCAGGUGUGGCCUGACCAAGGCAAAAUAGAGCCUCUUCAUAUUCAGUGCCAGACAGCCACUGUUAAGUAGAUUUAAAUCAAAAGUACAUCAAUGUGAGACCAUUUAUUUGAAUGAAUCUUAUUGAAAGCAGUGGGUCUUUUUCCUGUAAGGAUGUUUGUUUUGUUUGGGUACAUCUUGGUGCCAUAAACAGGCCAGACUUUUGACUUGCUAGGAUUUCUCUGUGCUCCCAUUGAGUUGUUCACAAUAAUCAGCAAAUAUAGUGAUACCUCGGGUUACAUACGCUUCAGGUUACACACUCCACUAACCCAGAAAUAGUGCUUCAGGUUAAGAACUUUGCUUCAGGAUAAGAACAGAAAUCGGGCUCCGUCGGCGCAGCGGCAGCAGGAGGCCCCAUUAGCUUAAGUGGUGCUUCAGUUAAGAACAGUUUCAGGUUAAGAACGGACCUCCGGAACGAAUUAAGUACUUAACCUGAGGUACCACUGUAGAGAUUACGGCUAUCUGAGAAGAAGUCAGUUUAUAGUUAAAAUAAGUUCCUGCCUCAUUAAGUUCCUUGAGCUACUUUCUCAAGAAAAAAAUUCUGGAAAUUUUCUGCCUCUAGUUGUCUCACAACCAAGGCCUUCUCUGUGAACAUUCAUAUUUAUGCUGGUGCAGGAGGAAAAACUUGGGAUCUUUUGUAGAGCACCUGCACCACCCCAAAUAUGCAGAGGGCUGUAUAUUUUACAUUGGGAGAGGAAUUCUGUGUUUCUGUGUGCAAUGUAACAUGCAGUUUCCCAUGGCCACUGUAGGACUAGACACACUCUUGGUCUGAUCCUGCAAGGUUUUUUUCACUCAGCAUAUGUAUUCUAAAUGCUAAAGUGUUCACAUAGCAUUAUUUUCACUACUCCUCAAAUAGCGGGAAUUAGGCUUUAACUUUAAUAAAUAAACAAACAAAUGCUUAGGCACUUUACAUAAAAUAUCAAUUGAAAGGAGAUGAUAGGUAUGUUUUGAAAUUACAACUUCUGAAGUAAGAAUGUGUACUUCUUAAUAUAUGAUAUGAUAUAUGAUAAUGUGUGUCCAUUGAUGCAAAACAUAUUAAAAUUUUCAAAGAUUAUCAGUAAGGGAUACAAUUCUAUGUUCACUUGUCUGAGAAUGAAGCUCAGUGACUGAAGUGGAAUUUCUUCUCAGAAGGUGUGUGUAGGAUUGUGUUAAAAGAGUUCUAGUAAAUACUAUCAGUUCCAUGAUGCCUCCUGGUCCAUAAAUAUUUUAAAAAUAAAAAUUCUAUGUUCAUGUAUUAUUAUUUAGAGUUAUUGCUUGAGGGCCAUAUUAAAGCUUUUUCUGUCAUGAUUAUGUCAAGGACGAUAAUGGGAUGUUAUUUAUUGCCAACCUUGUUAUAUUUGUAGGAAAGCCUUAUGUAGUAUGCUUAUAAAACCAUGACUACUUUGUCAUUACACUACUAAAAUAAUCCUUGUUUGACAUAUUGGUAUUGCUGGAGUCAUUUUAUACCUGAGGGCUCAGUUCAUUUUCCUGUUGUCUCUGUCAGUAUAACUUCCUUUCUUUGUCAAUUUUGGGGGGGAUUGUAACUACUUCCCCUCCUCUUUUCCUAUUUGUCUGUCUUUUGUUAGUUUAAAACCCAGGGUUUGUUUGAUUUAACACACUGCAGUGUCAGCUUCUAUGGAAAAACAGUGUUAAUGUUACAUUAGCAUACAUUAUGCGGAUAGGAUGUGUUAUAAAAUGUUUUCCCUCCAGGUUUAUAUUUCCUCAAGUCAACAGUAGCAUGUCGAAGACUUGAAGAUGCUUUAAUAUCUUUCAUAGGAAUCUUUAUCUUUCGGCCAUUGGGGUCAUGUCUGAACUUGUUUGCUGUUGUUGAAUUAGUCAGUUAGCAUUUACAGUAUGUUUAUCCUGCAGUUGUUCAUUCAGUGGCUAAAUCAUCCUAGUAUUCAGAUUUUGAAAUUACUGUGGUAGUAAUAUCACGAGUCUGCAUUUUUCUCCUUUUCUAUUAGUUGCUUCAAGUAAAAGUAAGGGUCCAAUUGGCUAUCUCUGUGCAAAAGCAGAGCAUCACUCCAGAAAUGUGGAGAAAGCAGAUGGGCAUUUGAAGAGAAUAGGACGCGAAAACGAUAAAGAGAGGUAACAAUGAGAAAUCUUUUUGUUUGAUUUUUUUUUUAUUGUAAAGUCUUUGAAUUGGGGACUGGGUCUCUGCUUGCUACAGCCACCAGUCAAUAAUCAAAUCAGGAAAUGCUGUCUGUAUCUGAAUACACAGAACUCCUUCAUUCUAAUAAGGACAGACUAUCCUGAUUUGAUCAUUCUCAUGCUUAAUUCUCCCUUUGAAAACAGUAGUGCUUAGUUUGGGAUGGAUUGUGUUCAAAUGUCAUUGUGGCUAGGGGAACACUCUUCAUCUUUUUUAGGACUAUGUUUCCGCGGACUUCCGGGGUGGCGCCAUCGGUAAUGGCGGAUUCCUCUGAUCCGGAGGGACUGGCUCCACGGGAAACGGGUCUGUUCCGCUACGGCGAAGUGGGGACCCUCUAAAAAAUCACAGGCGGAUGAAGCCUGUGACCAUGGGACUCGGCGGGCACCUUUUGCGCCCCCCCCAAUUCAUAAAGGAACCCAAUUAUGGGCUCCGGAGCAAAGAGGGGUUAGUGGCGCGGUGCUGAGAGUCAACUGCUUCUUCCGUGGAGCAAAGCCACACAGCUGUUGCCGGAGAGCGCUACCUUUUUCCUCGGACAAUUUGGCUACAAAAACAACUACCCGUGAGCAGAUCAAAUUUGGACAAUUGGACUUUAAACAACGAUCUGUGAGUAGAACGGAAAAUUGGAUUAAGAAAUUCCUCUUAAUUUGGCACUGAAGCGGGAAGGUCUAAACAGGAAGUCAGCCUUCCGUUUCUUGUAGAUAGAUUAAAGCAAAGACAUGGCAAACUAGAGUGUAGAAAAUCGUUUGUAAAGGAUCAACUUUCAUCAUCUAAAAUUACUGAACCCCCUUCGGAAGCAGGAGAAGAGGGGGGAUUUUUCCGGAUUGCUUAAACCUGCAGAAGAGAGUGUAAGAAAAGUAAUUUUCCACCGUCUUGAACCUGGGAGCGGGGUGUCAGGACAGACGUUUUUGGGAAAGUUCAUUGACUGUAGACAAAUGUUUUUGACAGACAGUUAAAAGAAGAGAAACAUAGUGAUUCCAUUGUCCUCUUUCGCACUUUAAAGGAACAAAUAUUGACAAAAUAUCUGAAAAAGGAAACUUUGUUGUUAGAUCUGCUGUUAAAAAAAAAAAAAAGAAAAGAGUUGGAUACAAAUAGAAGUUCUUCCCCUAGAGGGAGCUUGUGAAACUGUUACUAAACUUGAACUGGGGAGCGUCGCAGCUGCAACAGAUUAAGAUCGUGGGAAUAGACUUCUGACCUUGUAUAACAAUGUACUCAGAGGCUCUGGUGCGUGCUUUCUGCAAAACAAGUGUUUUAUUGGAACAGUUACAUGAGAAGACGGAUUUGAUGACUGUUGCGAUCAGAAAUUUUGGACAGGUAGUGGGUAUCUAUAUAGAACCCACUCAGGAAUCAAUUCAGGAAUGUGCUCUGACAGAUCAGAUGAAGGAGGAGGUUGUGGCUGGACCCCGAGAGGCAGAGAUGGAGGGAACCGUGGCCCAGCAGGAACAUGAGUGGUUGGACCUGACGAAUGAACCUGGAAAAAGCCAGAUUUGGAGAGAUAGAGUCUUGUUUGGUUUGGAGAUGGGGGGCUGGAUAGACCCCCCUAUGCAGGGAUGUUUUGACUUUUCAAGUCUGGCGUUGGGCCGGGAGGAGUUUGGAGUUGAGGGGGUCCUCAAUUUUGGAGGGACCUUGAAACAUGUUUUUAAAUACCACAUGGAGUUCAGUGUGGACUAUGGAAAAGGGGCUGAUCUGUCGAGAAGGGACAAAAAUACAUUCAAGCUGGAGUCUUCACGAGUGAAAGGAGCAGAAGACAAAGUAAAGUACAGGUAUAAAUAUGAAGAAGAUCUGCGGAAGGGACAUGGAAGAGACUUAAGGGCCUCGGACAUAAGGUUACCAGGUUAAUGAACUAGAUGGAUGGGAUAGAAAGGACUGACAAAACCUGUGACCAGGAGGAGGAGACGUUGGAUGAAGAUUGGAGAAAGUUUCAAAAAUUCUAUUUAGGAAUGUUUUCUAAAAUUAAUGAGUAUUAAAAAAAUGUUGGAACGAAAUUAUUUGGCUUUAGCAGAAAUGUUAAAAAGAACUAUGCAAGAAUAUGUCAUGGUUAUGAGAAAUUGGUAUAGAUAAGACUCAAGUUUUAAGUUUUAGGGUUUUUUAUAGUAAGAUAAGGUUAAAAUAGAUUAAGGUAAUUUAAUGACAGAAUAUUAUGAAAAAUGGGAAGGAUUUGCUGUGAUAAUCAAUAACUAGAAUACAAAAAAGGGAGGGGUGAGGAGGUCGAUGAAAUAAGGUAAUGACAGUUACGGAUUUGGGAAUAUUGGAUUUGUUUUUAAACUUUUGUGGUUUAUUUUUGUUUUUUGAUUUUGAUGUGUUAUGUUUUUUGUUUUUUGCUUUUGAUUUUUAUCGACUUGUAUUGUUUGAUUGUGGUUUGUUUUUUCCUUGCUUUUUUCUUUUUUUUCUCUUUGACUUUUCUGUAAUCUUAAAAUUCUUAAUAAAUAUCAUUUAAAAAAAAAAGGGCUAAGUUUCCGCAUCCUAUAAAUGAGUAUGUAUUCCUGCAUUUGUUUGUGCAGUCUUUUUUCCUAGGGUUUUUGUUGUUGUUGUUGAAAAUUUAUUUGGAUCUUUUAAUUCAUGGGUAGGCAAACUAAGGCCCAGGGGCUGGAUCUGGCCCAAUCGCCUUCUCAAUCCGGCCCGCGGACAGUCCGGGAAUCAGAGUGUUUUUACAUGAGUAGAAUGCGUCCUUUUAUUUAAAAUGCAUCUCUGGGUUAUUUGUGGGGCCUGCCUGGUGUUUUUACAUUAGUAGAAUUUGUGCUUUUAUUUAAAAUGCAUCUCUGGGUUAUUUGUGGGGCAUAGGAAUUUGUUCAUUUCCCCCCCAAAAAAAUAUAGUCUGAGCCCCCUGCUGAAAAAGUUUGCUGACCUCUGUUUUCAUUGGUGCAGAAUCAGACUUUGGUCAGAAAUCGCAAAAACAGCACGGAAACAAUGUGUGUGGGAUGUGUGUCGGGCUGCGUGUAGAUUCUGCCUCUUGUAUGAUGACAAUCAAGCGAAGGUGUCAAAACGCAAGAAGUGUAAGUCAGUGUAUUAUGCAUAAUAUUUUAUCAGGUGGCAUCAAGAAAAUGCAAAUGUGUUUUUUUUCUUUUUUAAGCAGAAACCUGUUUCUGACCUGUUCAAGUCCUCAAAGGGGCAUUUGGGCAACCUAGAGGGGCAUUUGGGCAAAUCAAUUCCCACAUUUGAUAUAACAGUGAGCCAGAAUGAGCAGAAUGGCUCGCCUUUUUUUGGCUCAAGGUCCAAAUGUAGAUAAUCUGGAAAGGGAAUUAUCACCUUCUCUCUGCUUAUCAAAUGGGCUUCUUCUACCCCAGAGUUUGAUUAUUAAAUCAUUUUUAAUUUAGUAAUUAAUUUUGCUGAUGCUGUCAACAUUGGUGGGGUCUUGGGUGUCGGGGGGGGGGGGAUUGAGGACCAGAUCAGCCCCUGGAAUUGGGAUGUGUGUGUUGGUGGCAUCGGCUACAGAAAUUUAGAUAUGGAUAACAUUACUCUAGUGGUAAAUAGAUUUUGUGCUAGACUCUACCUGUAGACCUGCUGAAACCCACAGGGUCAGCCCUAGAUCUACCAAAUGUUCCUUGUCUCUCCCUCCCAACCAAAAUAACCUCUUGGAAGUUCAGCUGCUCCCUUCACCUGCAUGCUUUCUUUGGACCCUGCACCCUGAGCCGGAAGUAUUUGCUCCCAUGCCUCAGAUACCAGAAUUUGUCAUUUCAGGUCAUAGCAACCAUAUUGUAAUCUGUAUCUGUACUUAAAUUGUACCCCAACAGCUACAGAAUGUAAUGUAAGGAUAGUGUAUGUCUGCAUGGUAUUUCUAACUACCAAGAACUCAAAGGAAAUUUAGAUUGCAUGGUUAAUGGGGGAGGGACAAAUUUAAAACUGGAAAGGAGGGCCUUAUCAUUUUAAAAGUUUAUGUAAACAUAUGCCUGCAUACAAAAGUUGUUAAAAUAAUGCACAUUAUUUCUUUUUCCUAGUAUUCAAGAAAAAAGCAAGUAUUAUUAUGGCAGAUGAGGAACAGGAAGCAAGUGUGCAAAGAGAAUUACCUUCACCCACCAAAUGCUUCUCUUUAGAAAGAGAUUUAUUAAGAACUUUAGCAGAAGUAAGAUUCAUUAAUGCAGAGGUUAGUAAAUUGUACAGCGAUCAAAAUAAUUAUCUCUUUCUUUCUGCCCUUGGUUUCAUAUAUGCAAUGCUAAUAAGGCAGUGAUAUCCACUUAUGCAAGCUAGCUACUGAUGGCUGCUUAUUUACGAGAGAAAGGGCCAUAAAAAUGUUGUCUAAUGCAAGUGCUUGUGCUGUUUAUCUCUUAUAUGAGUAGAGCUCUGAAAUCCACACACUAUUUAAUUGGGUUUCUUGCACUUAAACUGUCACAGGGUUUCUUCUCAUCAUUACUCCCGCCUUCUCUGGAAACAUGGAAUGUCAGAAUAUGUAUUUUGGUAUGCUUAAUGCAGGCUCAGCGAUAUUAAUAAUUUUUAGUGGGAAUAUUGGCUCCUCCACUAGUCUUCUGAUGAGUAUUGGUAUAUUGAAAGAUUCUGUAAUGGGUUUAGGGGUUGCUCGUGCGUAAGUUCCCGCCACUCCUGGCUAGGUUACCUGGUUGAACCCUUUCUGACUGAACAGCCUCUAGCAUCGUGACUGUCUCAGUCGCUGACAGAAUCCGUCAGUGGGCGUUUCUUGAACUUCUUCCAGCACAAAAAUUCUUUGACGCCUAGUCUCCGCCUAGUCUCCCUGCGCGGAAGCCUUCUGCACAGGGAGGGUGUGGGCAGUGGAGUACCCGUACUCUCUCCGCUGGUCUCCGGCGAGGAGUCUUGGAGCCUCCUCUCCGAUUCCCCCAUCUGCCCCCCUUCUCCACUGGUGUUACGCUGAUUUCCUUCCCCAGCAAAUGGGCUGCCCCUCUCCCUACUGGGACCCUCUCCGGCAUCCCUCUGGAGCCUUCCCUCCGCCUCUAGCUCCGAUGGCAGUUCCCUGACAGAUUCUUUUUCAACUUUAUGUAAGCCAUACCAAUAGUAUUAUCAUUGAUUUGACCAUGAAAAAGAAAUGCCUUUAUUUAUAUCUUUUGUUUCAUUUGUUUCAAAAGAUUUAUAUUUCACUUAAUUGUAAUAAAACAUCAAAGUGGUUUACAAAAAGAACAGCACAAAACAAUUAUCAGUAAAACAACAACAACAAAACACACCACAAUGUUAAAAGCAGCUAUUUAAAACAUUUUAAAAUAAUUAAAUUAAUGAUAAGGUAAAAACUAGAUUAAAACAUAUGUCAACAGUCUACAUGUCUGGAUAGGCUUGCCAACACAAAAAUGCUUUUAGCACGCACCUAGAAGAAUACAAUGAAGGCACCUGCAUGGUGUCAAUCGGCAAGGAUUUCCAAAGUGUGGGUGCUACCACACUAAAAGAUCCAGAGGAUGGAAUUUCUCUAAAAGUACAGGGUUAAAAGGAUGCUACAACUACUAAAUAUUGUUCUUCAGAAUUUGAUAAUUUACCUUGUGGGAUGCCGGGCCAAUGGUGUGGGUUUAUUCUCAUCACAUGAUCGCAGGCAGGGGCGAAGAAUUGUGGGAGGAAGGCACGCUCCCCUCAGUUUUUUCCUCCCACAUGACACAGCAGUAUAUUUCUCCCAGCUCUCCUCCUCAGAUAAACUUUGUCUUUUUUCCCAGUGUGACGGAUUAUUGAAAGACGGAUUGCUUGAGCUGACAAAACAUGUAGAGAAACCUGCAUAUUAGUGUUUGGCUGGCAUGCUCCCUUUCUUCCCUCUCCUGUAAGGAGAACAGCUGUAGCUCAGGGGUAAAGCAUCUACUUUGCCCAGGUUCAAUCCCCUGAAAACGUGGAGCAUAGGUGGCAACUCCCUGGGUGCCCGAGCACCCACAAAAUUCCCCAUGAAGGGGCCGGGCACCCACAUAUUUCGGUGCCAGGGCCAUGCACACUGCAUGGCACCCACAGCCCUGAGCACCCAUGGUCACAGGGCCAAGCUGGCACUCCCACCCUGGAGAGCUUCUGCUGGUCAGUGAAGACAAUACUGAGCUAGAUAGACCAGACACCUUUGCCCUCCAAGCCACAGCUACUUAUGUUUUAGGUAAAGGUACCCCUGACCAUUAGAUCCAGUCGUGACCGACUCUGGGGUUGUAGUGCUCAUCUCGCUUUACUGGCCGAGGGAGCCGGCAUACAGCUUCCGGGUCAUGUGGCCAGUAUGACUAAGUCACUUCUGGCCAACCAGAGCAGCGCACGGAAACGCCGUUUACCUCCCUGCCAGAGCGGUACCUAUUUAUCUACUUGCACUUUGACGUGCUUUCGAACUGCUAGAUUGGCAGGAGCAGAGACCGAGCAACGGGAGCUCACCCCGUCACGGGGAUUCAAACCGCCAACCUUCUGAUUGGCAAGUCCUAGGCUCUGUGGUUUAACCCACAGCGCCACCCGUGUCCCCACUUAUGUUUUAGAAGAUGUAUAAUUUUGAUGCCGCAUAUGCCAUCAAUGCCUUGUUUUCUGUUUUACCUCUUGUGCCUCCUCUUUUAGGCUACUAUUCAGUUAUUAAGAACGGAAGGUGUCCAGCUGAAUGAUCCCGCCGUUGUCCCUGUAGAUACGAGUUUGCACUCUGCAGGACACGCUAUGCACAAAGCACAAACUGGGCAUGAGUCAGAAUGGAAGACAUACAGGUGGUUUGAUCUGAAGAACCUGCUUUUCUCAUGCUCUCACUGCAAUUAACCCUUAGAGCAGUUACAUAUGUAUACUAAUUUUUGAAUUGUGAAUGUGAUCUUUAAGUGAAUCUUAAGUGAUCAUCUUUUAAAUUUUUGUGUGGUUGUCUAAACUCUGAAAUGCAAAAUUUGAAUAUUGGCCUCUAAUGACAUGUCUGUGUAGUCAUUUUUCCACACCUGCAUUUUUCACAGUAAUUAAUAUUGGCAAGAAUAUACUUUGAGGGUAGCACAUCUCUUAGCUUAUUGUUGACACCCAAAUCUGUUCAGUAAAAGUUGACUCUCCAGUAGAUUUAUCACAAUUAUAUUAAUAAGUACAUCUAUUAAUCCCAGGGUUGUGGGUUUGAGCCCCAUGUUGGGCAAAAAAACCUCUGCAUUGCAGGGCUUUGGACUUGAUGACCCUCCUGGUCCCUUCCAACUCUACAAUUCUAUGAUUCUAUGAAACAUAGCCAUACUUGGAGAUUUGCACUUCUCCAAUUUUUGCGAUGGAUUUGUCCAUCCAAGUAAUGUGAACAAAAAUGCAUAUUGCAUGCCCAGCCACAGAGUCCCCCUCCCCACAGAGCUAACUACUAACUACUAGGGUAUAUGAAUAAAUGGACACCACAACUGUCUGGGAUUAAAAAAUAUUAGGCAAUCGGGGUCAGCUGGUUUUAUAUGCAGUGCCAAAUAAAUACUUGAAACAGAGACCCUUGAAACAGAUCUCUCAUGUUUAAUUAAAAAAAGAGGCAAAGGCUUCAGUCCAACUUGGAAGCAAGAAGACAUAAAUUUGUUAAAUAAGCAUGACAUACGAUGCAUGGGGCAUGACAAUAUGAACUGCUGCUACUGGAAAUGCUGCUUGAAGCUACAUGGCUGCAUAUUUCAGCUUUCCAGAAAAGCAAGGCAGAGUGGUUCACUGAUCUUUCAUGUCCUGGAGGGACCCUGUCACUGUAGAUAAGUUAGACAGAAUCCUGCAGCUGAAAAGCAGCAGGCCCACAUUAAAAUAAUUAGAAAUCUGUACGCGGUUUAAGAAAGCAUUGCACCAAAGAAGUAUCUAGUGGGAAAUUAUUCAUCCUUAAUUAUUUUCAUCUGCAUUCCCUUUGACAAUGGUUCUUCCGUCGUUUUAUUUCUCCUGCCAGCAUACAUACCUUGCUGCCUCACGGUUGUACUAUCAAACUGUAAAAGCUGAUACUUCAUUAAGCUUGGGGCUCCAAAAUUUUCAGACCAAAUGCACAACUCCUCCUGGUCAGAAUGGUUGGUAGAAACAAAUGCAAAGGGACUAUGGUCAAAUAUCUAUUUUACUGCACAUUAACUUGGGCCAGAUUAGACCAGACUUUCCUAGAAGAUGUAACGUUUAGGAUGGGGGAAUAUGGUUUGAUCAAGUUCUCAUCUCUUCCCAUUUUUGUAAAAGGCCAAUGGGACUGGGCUUUGAUAAUCACAUCCUUGCCUCAAUCUUGUUUCCUAUUGAAAAUCCACCAAGACUACUCUUUGCUCAUUAGAGAAAACCUUUCUCAUGUGUGGCAGAAGAUAACUUCAGUUGUGGGUUGUGUAGAUGGAGUGGACUUUUAGAAAGUUAAGGCAGCAGCUGGCAAUGUGGAGAUCAGAAACUGGGAAAACCAUAAGUUUCCACAACUCUGCCUUUUCAAUCCUUGGGAAGUCAGAAUACUCUUUGUAUUUCUAUAUGAAGGUUGUGUUGGCGAUUGUGCAUGUAUAUAUGAAUAUGUACAUUUAAGAGGCAUGAGUGUAUUCAUGACCCUGGGUUACUUUGGCCUUAGUAAAACAGAAAAGCAAAGAGAAGGUCUGAGGAUUGAACUAUAGAUAUUUUAAUGGUACCAUUUGGAAAUAAUAGUGUUUGAGAGACUUGAGGGCUGGUACUCCUUAGUGUAUGCAUUUUGCUGUUUUAUUUUAUUCUCAGCAGGGGGAGCAAUAUAAAAAUCCUUGCUUACUCUCAAUUUCAUAGCUCCUGGAUUGACCGCUUGUCUCAGUAUGCUAUGGAAAACUUUCUACGGGCUGCCAAAAUUGGAGAAGAGUUAAAUGAAGCAUGGAUUGUACAUAACACUGUAGUGUAUGUCUUAAAUCACAAUAAACACCUUAUUGCUGCAAAAAGACAAAGAGAACUUGUGGAAUCCCUGCAUACUCUUUUCAGUGCAGUUAGGAAUAUUGGACAUUUUGGGUAAGUUCUAAAAGUUUGAUGGGAUGUUUUAUGCAGAAUUAUUUUACUAACACCAUAACUUUUAUUUUUACCAUGCUGUGCCUCAGCAUCACUAAAAUACAUUGGUUUGGAAGGAUUUUAUUGUGGUAAUUAGUAGCAUGUUUCAGCUGAUUUUCAUACUUUAUAUGCUUUAUCUAUCCAGAUCUCAUCCAUCUGAAAUAGUGACUAAACACAGUUUUUAUAAGUGACAGCAGAGUGGCCAAUAGCAAUGAAACUGUGCUGUGCAUAGUCAAAAGGAAAAUGUGUGCAUGCACCAUUUCCUUAAUUCUGAAUAGCUUGGCAUUUAGACAGAUUCUGUUAGGUGCAUUCAGAUUUAAUGCAUAGGGUUUAUUGUAAAUAGUUAACAAUUAAAAUCAACCUGGUUUGAGUUUUUAAAAGUUUUUGUUGUUUUAUUUUUUUUUAAAUGAAGACAGGCUAUGUGACAUGGCUUGCAGGCCAGCUGAAUUACAAAUAUAACUAGUAUGUAAGCUAUUAUGAACAAUUUACUGGUUUUUAUAAUUGUAUUUCAUUGUUUUCCUGUUGAAAAAAACCAGAUGAUGUUUUGUAACCAGUUCAGACUAUUGGCAUCCCUACUACAUGUUAGUCAAGAGGGGGCUAUGCAGUUCUGCCAGCAGGGAUCACACAAAGGUGUUGAAUGUAUGCUCUAGGCGUUCUUCCCUGGCAGCCACCACGGUUUGCGAAAUCCAUUUUCCAGGCCACUGUCAUCUUACAGCUUGUGGCAGCCAUAGAUAUAGACCCCAUGUAGAGGCAAUGAUUCUUACAACUGACACUUCCACAUGGUCCCUGCUGAGUUGUGAAAGUGGUACACUCUCCCUCACAUGGAGCUGCUGACAAUACAAAAAAAAGGUAUUUCUUAGGAGGCAGUGCAGUCCUACAUUCCAGGACUUGCACGUAUUUCACCCACAGUAUGUAGAGGGAAACAGUCUAUUCCCCUUUUAUUAUGUCAGGACAGGAAUAUAGUGUCCGUGCUAUUAUCAUACUGUACAUAAUCCUACAUUUUUCAAGCAUUAUUUGGAAAGGAGACUGGAUGAGAGAGGUCCUCAGUCAUACAACAACUAGCUAAAAGGAGAUUGUUACAAACACUCUGUUAUCACUCAGACAUGGCAAGAAGUUGAAUGGAGGACUUGUGAGUUUUAAUUCUGAUCCCAAGAAGAUUGGGAUGUAUGAGAAUGUUUCCCCAUUUUGGUCACUGAGCUUAUAUUUCUUACUUAAAUGUUAGCAUAUUUGUAUAUUCUUACCAUAAUUUUCAGGUAUGUUAUAUAGAGCAUAUUCAUUUUAAUCUUCGCGUGUAUUUUUAUUUAUUUACGUAGGUGGCGAAAAGUGCUUCCAUAUUCUGUUUGUAACAAUAUCUUUGUGGAUGGUUUUCCGUCCUUCGUUUUGUUUCUUGUUCAGGAAUACUACUAUUUUGGUGACAUUAUGUAAUGCUCUGGCUCGGGGGCUAAUUCUUCCUUGGAUCCCAAAGCCUAUUUCCAAACCCGAUGAAAAGAAAGUUCCAGAAGAAGGGCCCACCAAACGUAGAAAGACUGCUCCAAAAGUACCAACGUUAUCUUCUGCGCCAGUGUUAUCUGUGGAUUCAGCUGGGAUCCAUGAUAUUAAAGCAGCCAUAGAGGUGCACUUUUUUUCAUCUCAUUUGUCUUCUGUAUGGAGGACAGGCUGUGUAGACUGGGCUGGCCAGCUUGUUAAGCCUGGUCGAGAAGGUGCUGUUUGUUUUGCUCUCAGAUGUCCAGGGCCUUGGGUGUAAAAGACUGUUAGAGAAUAUUUAUUCAUAUUAGGAGCAUGGAAAGCUGCAUGAGAAAGUUAGAUCAUUAGUCCAUCUAGUUGAGUAUGACCUAAACCAUGGGUGGGUAACCUCAGGCCUGGGAUCUGAAUGUGGCCCCCCAAGCCUCUCUGUCCGUCCCUUGGGACACUCUGCGCUCCUCACUGGCUCUGCUCUGUGCCCCCCACCCAAUUCCUUUUUCCCCCUUUCUGAAAUGUAUCCUUGAACUGGCAUAAUGCUUCUUGUUUAACUGCAUGGAGGAUUAGUGCUUGAAACAGCAAUGGGUUGAUGUGGGUCAACAAAUUGAAACUGAAUCCCAAAGAGACAAUGGCAUUAUGUGCUCCAAGUUCUUGAGUCCAGGAGGUGGGAAGACAGCUUGUUUUGCAUGGAGUUGCACUCUCCUGGAAAGAGCCGGUUUGCAGCUUCGGGAUCCAACACGGUCACUUGAAGCUCAGGGAUCCUCGGUAGCUAAGAGUGCCUAUUUGUUGGGAGCUGCCCAGAGGGGCUGGGUAUAAAUAAUAAAUAUUAUUAUUAUUAUUAUUAUUAUUAUUAUUAUUAUUAAUUACAGUGGAACCUCGGUUUUUGAGCAUCUCGAAACCCAAACACCAGAAACUCGGAAGUGAAUGCUUCCGUUUUCGAACGCGCCUCGGAAGUCGAACGGCUUCCAAGGUGCGCUUCUCCCUUUUCUCCAUUGAAAUGGCCGACCGCCCAUUGCGCCUCAGUUGUCAAACGUUUCAGAAGUCGAACGGUCCUCCAGAAUGGGUUACAUUUGACAACUGAGGUUUCACUGUAGCUCUGACUGGCUUGUCCCUUUGGGCCAUAGCACUCUAUGCUCUGGUAACUUCCAGAUUAGAAUACUGCAAUGUGCUCUAUGUGGACUGCCCUUGAAGAUGACUUGGAAAUUUCAGCUUGUCCAAGAUUGCUUGCUGGCGUUGCCUCUAGAACUCACAUGAACGCUUAUUCUACAACAGCUUUUUGUUGGCUGCCAGUUUGUUUCUGGGUACAAUUCAAGGUGCUCACACUAGGGUUUAAAGAAUAAUGGUGAGCAAGACAAUGUCAGGAGCCCUUGAAAGAAGUACAGCUACUACUGUCUACUCUGUCCCUUCAUAGCAACAAGGCAAAGGGGAAGGAGGAGAGGGAAAGAGGCACAAUUUUCAGCUGUCUUGCUUGCUGCUACUGCUGCUACCAUUCCACCACCAAGGGGAGGGGAGGGAAAUGGAGGAUGUGUUCUGGGGGUUGGUAGAUUUGGAGAAUGAGUAAAGUGUUGGAGAUUUGUGGUGGGAACACCCGAGAUUGGUGUGGGAAUUUUGGGGAGGUUUCCUGAUUUAUCCCUCCCACUUUCCUCCCCCAAGAAAACCCCCAAGUCAUUCCAAGGUGUCCCUUGAAAGCUCUGCCAUCUCUAAUAAGAAAAUAUUAUUUUAGCCUUAACGGCAGGCCCUUUAGCAUAUUUAACUCAACAGUGGUAUGAUCAAUUAAUAAUUAUGCAUUGAUUAUGAUUUUUUUAUGUGCCUUGUCUCAAAGAUCAAGGAACAAUAUUAUGCUCUUUUUGUAUAUGUGGUUCUGUUGUGUGUGUUUUAUGUAUGCUGCCUUGAAGGUAUAGAAAUAUUAUAAAUAAAUAAAUAAAUAAAUAAGCAAGCAAGCAAGCAAGCAAGCCAAGAUUAUGAAUCUCACCAUUGAUUUUUUUGGGGGGAAAGAUAUACCAAGUGUAGUAAUCUCAGUUCAACAACUGGAUAAAACAGAAUAUUUGUUAAUUUUGUGCGUGCAUUAACUUUUUCUUCUUUCACAUUUGCAAAAUAUUCUUCUUUAGGUUUGUGAAUUUGCUAUGCAUUUGCCAAAUGGGAGUGUACCUGAUGAGCCGGUGCCUGCUGCUAUGCGUCAGCAGGUCAUUGCUACUUGGGUGAAAGCCAAACAGCUAGUUCAGCAUCAGAUUGGGAAGUGGCUUGGAGUCGAUGACGAGGUAGCAAGCCUAAUUGUUUGAAAAAAUAAAGGCCACUGUUGGGCACUUCUUUAUAAAUACUUUGUUUCAGGGACGGAAUACAGUGGUACCUCGGGUUACAGACGCUUCAGGUUACAGACGCAUCAGGUUACAGACUCCGCUAACCCAGAAAUAGUACCUCGGGUUAAGAACUUUGCUUCAGGAUGAGAACAGAAAUCGUGUGGCGGCAGCGGAAGGCCCCAUUAGCUAAAGUGGUACCUCAGGUUAAGAACAGUUUCAGGUUAAGAAUGGACCUCCAGAACCAAUUAAGUUCUUAACCCGAGGUACCACUGUAGAGUCAUUACUGCAAAGAGAGCUCAUUUCCUCCUUUCCCGUUCUCAUACAGGAAAGCAGGCAGUUAACCAGAAACACUUCUGCUUGUGGAAGUCAGGGCACCCUGUUUUUGCAGGUCUACCCCCUUCUGCUGCAAUCCUCUAAACUGCAUCCCAUUCUGUCCCAGCAAAUCCUUGUGACACUUUCAGCAGCAUCUUGUCAGGAGGGGCAGGCAACUUAAGUGGAUUGAGGGAACAAAUCAGGUGCCCUCACUCGCCCAAGCAGCAGUUCUUACAUUAAAGCAAAACCACCAUUAGAUACAACCCAAAGUCAUUAUAGAGUUAUCCAUGUGGAUUAGUAAGUAGCGUAAAGUAUCGGUCUUUAACUAUUCAAUAAUAUGCCUUGUUUUCUGCAAACACCCUGAAUAUUGAUGUCUCUUUCUGUUCAGGGUAAUGAAGAGGGGUUCAAUCCCAUGGCAAAAGUUUUUAUUGGUCUGGAAAUGUACUCAUGCAAUGGUUUGGGUCUCAUGGAGUUUUCGCUUCCAAACCUCUCUCAUGUACGUAUGUUGUUCUUUUGAUUGUAUGUUUGCAAUUACAGCUAGUAGCUUGCUUUAGUGUUCUCGAAGCUACCAGCAUGAGUUUGACCAAACUGCGGGAGGCAGUGGAAGACAGAAGUGCCUGGCGUGCUCUGGUCCAUGGGGUCACGAAGAGUCGGACACGACUAAACGACUAAACAACAACAAGCUUGCUUUAAGUGAGGCAAACGAUGGCAAGCCGAGCCAAACCAAACCAUGGUUUAGCUCACUCACAUGAGCACAACUGCAAACGCCAUUUCUUCUCUGGGAGCUUAUGUAAUUGUGUGUUCCUGCCAAGUCACCUUUCGGCUUACAUGCCAGCCAAUUCAACCUAUAAAUGUCCUGGACUAGCUCUGGCCAGGGCUGCUACUCCUUUGCUAAUGUUCUCAUUAAGAGGAGAUUCAAUUAUUCUCUUUCUUCUGCCCAAGUGAUCCAAAGUGUAUGAUUCUAUCUACAUUCUGAGCCUCUUGAGAAACACUAUGAAGGCUUUGUGCUCUAAAAAAACAGGCACUGAGAACAUGGUUGCCUUUAGGAUUUCAAUUCCAAUGCAAAGGAGAUAGGUUUCUUUGAAUUCUUCAAAGAGUUUUCCUUAAUUUUAUUUGCUCAUGUAUUAUAUCCCGCUUCUACAUGGUACUCUCAGUAGUUUGCCAUCUCUGUUUCCAAAUAGAUCCAUACUUGCGCAGCACUGCAGCAUCAGGUCUUCCAGUGCUGCGCAACAACAGUGUGCAACAUCUCAUUCUGUGAAAUAUCUUAGACUGACAGUAUUAGAUGUUAGCAUUGUGGACACAGGAAAAUAUUAUUAUCUGACUAUCAUUUGCAGUUGGUGAAAAUGGCAUUGGAGUGCAGUUGGUCAGACUCACUCGUGGAACUUCAGACAAUGACCAGACUUGCACAUUUUGCACAUACCAUCCAUGAUCAUGAAAUGGUUAUGACUUGCUCUCAGAAGGCUUUGGAAUUAGAUGAUAAAGCAGCAUACAACACGGAUGCAAAGAAAAAGGCAAUGUAAGUAGAUGCAUGACUUACAAAUCUCAGCUUCUAAGAAACAUUGGGUGGUAUUCAGCUAAGUUUUAUCCGGAGUAGACCUGUUAAAAUUAAUGGACCUAAUUUCAUCAUGUUCAUUAAUUUCAGUGGAUCCAUUCUGAGUAAAACUUAAGUGAAUACCACCCCAUUAAUUAUAUUUAAAUAUGGGGUGGAAUUCAACAUUGUAUUGUUACAAUUUUUCCAUCUGUGCAUGUUUAUUAGCUUACCAGGCAGAGUGAUCUCCCCAUCUCUCCCCCUAUGCCCAAUCCUAAGCCCCAUUGUGCAGGGUUUUCACUGGUGCAGAACCUGGUGCAGAUGUAACAGAGCUGAUCUCUUAACAGCAGUGAAAAUAUUUGGAACAGCACAGACCCUUCCAAUAGGAAUUUCCCCAUUCCAUCUUUGCCUCGGUUAAGUAAUAUUUUGACACCAUUAACUGUUAGUUAAAGCUACAAGUUUCCAAGUUCUCUUAACUAGGCUUUGAAGUUGGUAUCAGAUGCUUGUUAUAUUUAACCACAUUGUUUGUGGUGGGAUGAUUGAAAUUACUCUGGGGAAGAGGCCAUGCAAUCCUGCGUCCCAUUACCUCUGUUAAGAUAUUUCCCCAUUACAUCUGUAUGGGCCCUUGGGUGGUCAUUCUCUUGCUCUUCAGUCUCUGCAGUAUUGACUGUUGAAUAGUGGUUUUGUGGAUGAAUUUAUUUUAUCUGCAUCUUUCUCUUGAACUAUAUAGCUGUAUAUGAAAUAUUUUGUUCUCAAGCAUUCCUUAGUUUGUGAAAUACUCUGUAGGGUUUUCCAUUCCAUUCCCAUAUCUAAUGAAUGGAAAUAGCAUCCCAUCUUUUAUCAGUGUCUUUUAGCCAACUUUAACCCGAGAGUUUUCAUGCUGUUGAUAAAUACAGUUCAUUAUGAAUAUUAGAACUGAAAGAUAAAUACGGCAUAGCAGGGGUUGGGAAAAUGCUUUUACAUUGUCCUUCUGAAUGUGUACAAUAGAACUCUGCUGACCUCUAAUGGAUAUAAUAAUUAUUGCAUUAUACUAUUUGCCCUAGGUUGUAUCUGUCUAUGUUCAGGAUAGUCAUAAGGGUAAAAGUAAAUAGGGCCAAACUAAACAUGGUAUACAGUUGCAUGUAACAUUGACCCUUUUAAAAAUAAAUAAAUAAAGAGAGAGAAUCAACCACAGGAGGAUGGAGUCUUAAGCAGAAAACCAGGAGGUAGAGAAGAAGUGCUUCUUCUUUCUCCUUGGCCCAUUUUUAUGCUGAAUCCUCCCAGUUUCCAAUAUCGGCAAUUUGUACAUGAAUAAUUUGUAUAUCCCAGCUGUCCAGAUUAUUUCUUGUAAAUGAUUUUUAGCAUUUCAGCUUGAUAUGAGAAGCCUUCCCAAACUCCUAUUCAUUUUCAUUCAGGUUUAACAGCAUAGGUUGUUUUGAACUGCAUAUUAUCCAAAUGCCUUUUGCAUGUCCUCUAGACUGUUUCAGUUUAUCAGAUUUGUUGUGGGAUUUCUUUCUCUCAAAAAUGGUACCCAAGGUGGUUUUCAACAUUGAGAUAAUAUCAUGUAACAUUAUAUUGUAACAUUAUAUAGUAAUGAUACUAUAAAAAUACUGAAGAAGAGCUAAAACGGCCUCAGAACGGUGUGGAGGCAUAACAUUUUGUGUGGAGACUUUGAUGUUAAAGGUGCAAUCCCCCUCUUCGCAAUGGAUUUCCUUUAAAUAAAUCUUGCUCCAAACGCCAUUGCUGUAGUAAGAGCCAGUCUCUCAAGUUGUAGAGUACAUCCUGGAAACGAAAACAUUCAUACCAGGACAAAGAGCCUGCUGAGCCUAAAUCGGCUGGCACUCAAGCUGGUACUAUGGGCUUUUGCAGAUGGUGCACAGAAUGGCCAUGUGCUGUUUCUGCCAAGGAAACGACCACGGACAUUUAUGCAAAUGGACAGGAAAUUUCCCUGUGAACUCAGAUGCUUCAGAUUUUGCCACAAGCAGAAUACGAUUGGCCAGAUCACUGGUCAUCCUGGAUUGGAUUUGUAUCAGGUUUCAGAACAAUUCGUGAAUGAAAGUAUAAGCUUUGUUAUCAAAAUCUCUUGAGCUAUUCAGACAUGACAUCAGAACAAGGAUCAUGCAGAUAUUACUAAACUAAGAAGUUACUGACCAACAGGCAUGGCAUGCCUCUCUCCUCUCUCUCCUACGCAGAAUGCCCCCCUAACCUACUACCCGGGGCACGUCCCCCCUCUCACCCACCUUAAUCCGUGCCUCAGAACCGAAACUCCCCAUCAGCGCUUUUCAGCUGUAGUCUUUUAUCUCUCUUUUCACGAAAAGAAGCAGAUAAGGCAGACAAGGUAGAAUGAAUAAUAAUAAUAAUAAAUUGUCCAGUAGCACUAAGUUUGUUCUGGGUAUAAGCUUUUGUGUGCAUGCAAACUUCUUCAGACACAAUAACUUAUACCCAGAACAACCUUAGUUGGUCUCUAAGGUGCUACUGGACAAAAAAAUAAUAAUUUUAUUUAUUUCGAUUGCGUCAGACCAACACAGCUACCUCCCUGAAGGUAGAAUGAGUUCCAGGUUUUUAUUUAUUUAGGUGGUAUAUGAGGUGGCUGUUGGUUUUUUUUCUUCUUCCAAUUUUAGCUUUCUGUUUAGCUUUUCUGUGUUGGAACAAUAUCUAAUGUUUAUACAAUUGAAGUGUGAACUUGCAUCAAGUUCAGACAAUCUGAUUUUCAGAGCGUUCCACAGGUAGAUGCUGCCCACCAAGGGACACGAACAUCCUUGUGCUGGCAGAUGGUUUUAAAGCCUAGUUUUUGACCUAUAUUGUACGGUAAUGUUAACUCCAGUUGGCAAUGGCUUGUUUUUUACAGGAGCGAUUAUGCGGAGAGACAGGGAAUGCUAAGCAUUGCUGCUUGUACACAAGGGAAGAGUAUGAUGGAAAAUUUGGCUGGGAAGAAACAUAUGCGUUUGGCGGCAUCAAAACUCUUUGUUGAAAGUGCAAGGUAUGUUGCACGUUUUGGACCAUAUUAAGUUUCCUUUCCUUUAAAAUAACAAGUGUAUAUACCCCAUACAUAUGCAAAGCCCAUGCAAUGAAGAGUAUUGACAAAAUCAGAAUUUUUACCCAUGCAGAACAUUCAUAUUCUCCUAACAGCAUAGAGUUAUAGAAUUGUAGAUUUGGAAGAGACCAUGAAGGUUAUCUAGUGCAGGAAUCUUUCGCUCAACAUGGGGCUCAAAACCCUGAAAUUAAGAAUCUCAUGCUCUGCCGACUGAGCUAUCUUAGCAUGCUAUUGAUUUCUUCAAACAUCAUGGUACCCAGCUAUGGCUUACUGGGUCUAGAGUGACCGACAGGAAAUACACAUGUAUAAGGCCCCAAGACCCUUCACUUUCAUUUGUUCAAAAAAGUAAAACAGUGAAAUAUGGAGCCACUGUUCUAAGGCUGCAGAUGCCGAGGCGCUAAGGAUGCUGCAUCACUGUUGCUAAGCAACCAGGGACAGGAAUAUUGACCAACAUCACCUGGGACCUGGAAAGGGGCCAGGUCUCCCAGAGAUCUAGCAGACAUUUUUUUAAAGUUCUCAGCAGUAUGGCUUACGCAUUAUAGAAACAUUUUAGCAGAGGCUUGAAGUUACUAAUUAUUGUGCCACAUGUUUUUUCAAUUCUUUUGACGAGUUGCUGCAUGGGCAAUAGAUAUAUUUGCACUUUCCAUUUUUGUGGGGGAGGGAAAGCAGCCAUGGCUUCUCCCACUUGUUUGCUCUCCGGGCAUGGCAUCAAAGCAUCUCACAUUGCAACUUCCACACCCUGUGAAAUUAUUAUAUACUCUGAUGUAUUUAAAUUGGCAUCUCAUAAUGGGAAAUGUGUUCAGGAGAGAUAUGAAAGUAGCUUGAAGCUGGUUAAGGGUUAAAUAGCUCCAUUAUUUGGAUUUCAGUCUUAAUGGAGCAUUAGAAAAAAAUGUCAUUUAUGGAAAUAACAUCACCUUUAUAGAUAAAUGGCUCUAAUCUGUACCUCUGAGGUUAAAAAUACUAUGGACAGAUGGUCUGAAUAUCUGCAGAUAAAAUUUAUGUAAGGAAGUAUCAGUGCAACAUUUCCAUUUUGAUGAACAGACUGCAUUUGGAAAAACAAAAUACCAAUUGGCGAUAAGAAACAUCUAUAAAGUACUGUUAGGUUCUGUUAAGCAACACACCUCUGUUUAAAAUUUAAUGAUAAACUGGAUGCAAUAUUUAGGUCAUCUAGUAAGUUCUGACAUUUGGGAAAACAUCUGGAUAUGUUGCAUUAUUUUUUCACCUUGUGCUAACCUGAGGGAAAACUGCUAUGAAGUGAUGAGCAGAUGGUAUAUAAUUCCUCAAAAAUUAUAAUCAUGGAGGAUCCUCUCUAUUGCAAAUGUAACUGUGGUUAUUUUUUUUAAAGUGUGGCAGUGGGAAAUUAUUUUCAACAAAACCACAGGAAUCUGUUAAAUAACUUGGAGUUCCAUUCACAAUUACACCAUUUAUUUCUUUACAAUGUGCAAAGAUAUGCUAUCCAUAUAUUUUUGAGUUAUAUAUAUAUUAUCAUGGCCACUGGGCCCAUCACCUCCUGGCAAAUAGAAGGAGAAGAAAUGGAGGCAGUGAGAGAUUUUACUUUCUUGGGCUCCAUGAUCACUGCAGAUGGUGACAGCAGUCACGAAAUUAAAAGACACCUGCUCCUUGGGAGAAAGGCGAUGGCAAACCUAGACAGCAUCUUAAAAGCAGAGACAUCACCUUGCCAACAAAGGUCUAUAUAGUUAAAGCCAUGGUUUUCCCAGUAGUGAUGUAUGGAAGUGAGAGCUGGACCAUCAAGAAGGCUGAUCGCUGAAGAAUUGAUGCUUUUGAAUUAUGGUGCUGGAGGAGACUCUUGAGAGUCCCAUGGACUGCAAGAAGAUCAAACGCAUCCAUUCUUAAGGAAAUCAGCCCUGAGUGGUCACUGGAAGGACAGAUCAUGAAGCUGAGGCUCCAAUACUUUGGCCACCUCAUGAGAAGAGAAGACUCCCUGGAAAAGACCCUGAUGUUGGGAAAGAUUGAGGGCACAAGGAGAAGGGGACAACAGAGGACGAGAUGGUUGGACAGUGUUCUCGAAGCCACAAACAUGAGUCUGACCAAACUGCGGGAGGCAGUGGAAGACAGGAGUGCCUGGCGUGCUCUGGUCCAUGGGGUCACGAAGAGUCGGACACGACUAAACGACUAAACAACAACAACAACAUAUUUUUGAGUGGGAACAGAUGCACAUUUUCCAUAGACUUUUUUUCCUUUACAGAAAACAUACCCCUCUUGUUAUGGAGUGAAUCCCUUAAUACUUUUAGGAAAUGUGAUAUCUUAUCCUUACAAAGGAUACUGGGCUUGCUGCACUGUAAUUGAAUCAAAUUUUUACUACAUUUUGCAGCAGCCACCUGACUGUAUUGUGUUUUCCACCUUCCUAGGUAUGCAGGAGAAGCUGGGGAUCUUGCUCUUGCUAUGAUAGCAGCUAGACACUUCUGGAAUGGCUGCUUACCCUUCAUUGGUUCCUCAGCAGAUAGACAGCAGCUCAAGAAGCCCACUGAAAUCAUUAUCAAGAGCAUCAAUAAAGCAUCAGAAGCCAAAAAUAAGCAGGUAAUAAAUAGUAGUACCUUCUAUAUCUAAUACCUCUCAUGGGAAUGUUUUGCCUUCAGACAAUUCAAAACGGAACGAGCGACUUAAACCUAAAUCAGGGCUAGUUCACUCAUAUUGUUAUGUGACAUUUGCCAAGAGGGCCUGAAUUUGCUGGUUGGGUCUUUAAAAUAACUAACUAAUAAACAGCCCUUCACUUCCCCAUUUUCUUGGCUCCUUAGCCCACGAACCGCCAAAUCUCUCUUAUAUGUCCACAGUCUACUGCCAUUGAACACACACCUUAUUCGAGCUGUUUUGCCAGCCAAAUAGACCUUCCUUCAGAGACGUUUGCUUUGUCAAAACUGUAUUAAAAUGUUCAUGAACACUCCCCCCACCCCUACUUCAUUAUUUAGGAAAUGGAGCAUAUGUUACACUUGCAUCAAUGGCCUACAACAGACUUUCAAAGCAGUAGUUUCUCAGAUGGGCAUUCAGGUAAGUUCUCAUCCUUUGAUCAUGAAGUUAGCUUGGUUUUUGUGAGGUGGCUGUAUUGGCUUUGCAAUAUCUAAAAUAUUGCUUUUAAUUUGUUUCAAAGGUGCUGAUGAAGAUUUGACCUUAAGGACGUUCUUAUAUAUAUUACUGUUCCAAGUACAUGCUGAUAAACAUGACUGGGAGGCAGGCCUCAAAGUCUUAGAUGAAGCUAAUCAGAUGCUCCCUCGAACUAAGCACAGGCUGUAAGCUGUUUGGAUUGUUCUUAGGAUGUGUUGGGGGUUGCUGGUGCUUGCUGUAGUUUUACAAUCUAGAAAUAGAGCUGAUCCAAAAGAUGGAGAGGAAGUGUGGAACUCUAGGAGGAAGUGUGGAAGAGGGGUAGAACCUUAAUGGGAGAAGGAGAGUAGGUUGAAAGUGAGGCACACCCAAAUUAGUUCUGCAGAGGUUUUGCUGGUGUGUGUUGCACCUUCCUAACCACUGAACCACCCCACCGCCCUUCCUCUGGCAAGCAACAGUGGCACGCAUUCCAGGAGGCUAAUGUUGUGCUCUGCCCUCCUCAGUGAAUUGCUUCUGGUAGCAUUUUCAUAGUACAGGAUGGUGUCAGGGCCCCCUCCAUUUCAAACUUUAAAGGUGAAGCUGCACUGUUUGGCUGAGCACCCACUGGCAGCACAGCUGCCCCACAUUUUGUGCUUUUUCUCUCGUGCUUGUGAGAUGACAACAGGCAGGAGUUGAACUUCCCUAGCAGUUGAAGGCAAAAAUCACUGUUCAGAUUUGAAGAAGCUACUGGGGUUCUGUUGUAUACUGAGAAACCUCUUUUGGCAUUAAGCGGUAUGUAAACUAAUAAUGGUGAUGAUUAGAAUUAAGUGUUGAUUAUCAGGUCUCAAGAAGUAAACGCCGUGGGAGGAAUUAAACGUGCUAUGUUGAACAUUCAUCAGCUCAAGCAUUUCAGCUUGCUGGACUGAACGAUUCCCACCUCCUCUCCUCCCCCCAUGCACCAUUUUUGCGGUUCCCCCAACACUCCCCUUCUGAGCCAGUUUAGAGAGGAGUGGAGAAGAAAGAAGCCCCAUUGCAUGAGUGGAAGUCCAUGUGCAAAGCUUCCACUGCUGAGACUCAUUAGGUGGAUCCCUCCCUAUGUUAGAAUAUUGUCUCAAGUCUCAUACAUAUUUAUCCCGUAUGCAUUUUUCAGACUGAACUCUGGGCUAAGAUUAAUUGCUGUAGAUUGGUGGAGACAGAAGUACUUGUCACACAUAUAUGUUGACUUCUGAUUCCAAAAUGCAUCAUAAAAGCCUUAAAAUAUCACUUAAAAACAACUUAUAUCAAAUCAGUGAUGAGCAUUGAUUUUGUCAAAUUCUUUUUCCUAGCCCAAUAUUUAAACAGAUGGUAAUGGUGAAGUCAAGACUUGGGCGUAACUAUAUAAUGGAAAUUCAGAAAUUCAGAGAUGAAAGUGAAGAGUACAUGUCAGAUAUGUGGCAUCGUCUGGCAUCUGUGUCGUCAGAUCUUGUGGGACAGUUGUCUUGCUACCAAAAUGCAAUUGAAGUUUUACAGGUCUGUAUCUGCCUUCUUUUAAAAUGUACUUUUAAAAUAUUACUGGUAUGUGUUUCUAAAUUGUGAAGAUUGUAACAGCAGUAUGGCAGGCAAAAAUCAAACAGGUUAAUCCAUUUCUAGUAUGGAAAUACAAUUACCUGCUGUUUCUGCUGUUCACAUUCUGUCAGCCAUUUUAUGUGUGUGGCCAUGAAUUUAUUUUGGGGCUAUCCACUCCAACUGCAAAAGAGGACAUAAAUUUGUACAUAACACCAGUUUAUGCAAAUCUGUGUCCUCUUUUGUGAGUAGGUCAUGGGCCCAAUCUUCUGGGCCCAGAAAAUUCUAUUGGCACUCCUAUAUAUAUAUAUACCUGUGGUGUGUUGCUUGAGACACUAUGCGUAAAAGUUUAUUGUAGUAUUCUUGUUGUCCUUAUGCAUUCUUUUCAUAAUGCAAUUUCUGUUGUUCUGAUUUGUUUUCUGCACCACUUUUUUUCACUGAUGAUGAGUCAUCAGUAGAUGUUUAAAAUAUUGCUUUGCUAGUAUGUUUGCAAAUAAUGCUGUUGGUUAACUUGAGAUGUUUGGAUUCCUAACAGCUGUGGACAUACAAGUUCCCUAGUUUGCCUGAGAUCAAUGCAUUCCUGGUUGCAUAUUUUAACUUAUUCUUUUGGUCUGAAAGGAAAUAAAACAUAUUUUUCAAGAACAACUGCUCUCUUUCCAACCGAACUCCCCUUGAGCAAAGCUCUAUUUUGCUGGCUGGCAAUAAUGUAUUUAUUACUGCACUGGUUGCAAAAUAUGUCUGCAAAUAAGUUGUGAGCUAGGCACCAAGACAAGUAUCAGAAGGAGGAGUGUGAGAUGUGGAGUACUUAACCUAGGCAAGGGUGAUUUUUACAUUUUUGUAUGUUUGCUUUGCUGAUAUUGUUCAGUUUUAAAUCAAUUAUUUGUAUUCUCGCAUUGUGAGCAAUUGUGAUGGCUUAAUAGCUUUUAGCAAUAAAGAUUCAUUCAUUCAUUAUCAAGAACAACUAGGUUAAGAAUGCAUUCCCUGUUUUUAUACAGAAAAAAGAAUAUUCAUUAAAGAAAGUUGAUAAUCUAAUAGCAUUUGCAGAAUGGCUGUACUCCAAUCAGUUUCCUCUUAGUGAAGCUAUUAAACACCUGGACUGGGCAGUAUAUAUAUUACUGUACCUGAAACCUCUCCGAAAAAGCCCUGAAGAAGAAGGUAUGUCUUUAAAUAAAUCUAAAAUAAUAAGUUAUUUCAGAGUUUGUCUUUCCAGUGUAUUCGGAUAUUUUAGUAACCUGUAGAACUUUCUCUUUGACCCUGAGGACAUAUUUUAGUUUAGGCUUCUGAACAGUACUUUUUAUAUUAAAUAUAUAGGUUUUAGCUUGCAUGACUUCUCCUUUUAAAAUGAAGAUAAAUACAAACUCUCUACCAUGAAUAUCCUGUGUAGUUUACUGCAGACAGAUCUAGAGAACUGCUACAUUUUUUAUUUUAAAGUAAUGGUGAAUGAGAUGUGCUUCUUCAUUCUAGCGUCACUAGAUGUAAAAAAACCCUACCUAGGUGAACAUAAUCCAUGUUAAGAUUGUGGCUAAAUACAAACUUAAUGCUUCCACCCCAAGCCAGCUCCUCCCCAUGCCCCCAUUUUGCUUAAUAUCCUGAUCAUGAGUUCUGAAGCUUGUUCACAAGUUUGUGACACUUUGGUUGCCUGGUAAAAGGAUUGACCUAGUGUGGAUUUUGGAUUUUGUUCAUAUGAAAGAAUGUGGUUACGUUUGCUUUAUUGUUAUUUCUGACCACAGAUUGUAAUGACCGUAUUGCCAUUGAGGAUUUAAGAAGUAUAAGGCAGAUAGAAGCUUUGUUUAGAGCUCACACGGUAAUGGCAGUCAUUUCCGGACAUAGUUCGCCGUUUCACGAGCAGCACUGUUUAAUGGCAUAUGCUUUUGUGAUGCGCAUUUGGCAGGUAAGAAAAUAAUAAAAAGUAUGGUGUGUUGGUGUACUGUGUCAAUAUGCCAGCUUUCCUAUAAACUGUUGGCUGGCAUUCCUCUCAAUCACAUAGAUUGUAUGAAAAGUAAGAUUAUUGCAACAACUUUUGACUUUAUUUUUCUAUCCUUAUUCUGUAUAAUUCUCAAAGGAUGCUCAUCCGUAUACAGUGGUACCUUGGUUCUCAAACACCUUGGUACUCAAACGCCUUGGUUCUCAGACGCCGAAAACCCAGAAGUAAGUGUUCCGGUUUUCGAACACUUUUCAGAAGUGGAAUGUCCGAUGCAGCUGUCAGCUAUUGUUUCCAGGGCACCUGCACCAAUCAGAAGCUGCGCCUUGGUUUUCGAACAUUUUGGAAGUCAAAAUGACUUCUUGAAUGGAUUGAGUUUGAGAACCAAGGUACCACUGCAUGUGUGAAUCAUGGUGCUUUGAUGUUGUAUUUUUCCUUCAAGAAUGUAAUGAAAAGUUUAUUUGCAAAAAAGAAGUAAGAUUAUUACAUAUAGGUUUUGAUGAAAGUAUUUUGUAUGUUUCCCAUGCUCUCCUCUCUGCAGUAUAUUCCCCUCGUUCUCCAUCCCUCAUGGUUCAGUAGGUUGCUGCAAAUAUAGGGUGAGGGUUGAGUAAGACAAGAAACUCUUCUAUGAAUUUCUGUAAGUUAACCAGUUUUAGGAUCAAGGCUAUUAACUCGCAUCUGUGUAGGUUUGCUCUUUAUAAAAGUAAAGGAGAUCACUACCAUCCGUAAACCUCUAAAACCUACCCAGUUGUCUUAAUUCUUUCAUUUUCUGCAUUUGACUGUAAAUAACUCAGCCUUUUGUAGGUUUCCUUCCCUGACUAAAAACAAAUGCAAUUAUUUUUGCUCAGGUGUCACUGGCAGCAGCGGGAACCUUUUUAAAGACAAUGGGCAAAGUUUCACCAACUCAGCAAAUGAGUCCCAAAUCGAAAGGCAAAAAAGAUGCAAAACAAAACAAAGAUGCCAAACAAGUAAGGCACUCUUCUAUAUUAAAAACAUACUUUCCCUCCCAAAGAAAAUGGUUUACUUCUCAACAGUUAUCUCUGUAAUUAAUUAUUAAGUAAGAAUUCUGUAAAUCUCUUUUUCUUUAGCUCCCUAUGCAUCCCAAUCCAAUGAAACAGAUUGCAUGCCCAGGUGUUGUGACCCGCCACCCCACCCCCUGUUAAAUGACCACUCGUGACAACACACGUUUUUGGUUUAAAUUAGGCCAUAACUUCAUUGAUUACAGAUGUAAAUGGCGUUGGCUCAGAUGAAAGGGAUAACCUAUAUCAACCAACCCGCCUGUUGGUCGAGUCUUCCCAGGAGUCAAACUGUUGGUGAGGGGGUCCUAUGACAUACAUCAAAUAGCGGCUGCCCACUGAGAAUGCCUUUGAGGAGUGCUAUGGUCCUAGCUGCCAACUGGGCAUCUAGAAGGAGCACCUGCUCCAGGAACCCUUUAAUGGGAUACCUCAUUCCCUUAGAAGUGCAGGCAGAGGCUUACAACCUCCCCUCUAAGACUUAACGCCACAUCCAUAAUAGUUGUGGCAAUUGCUACGAGGUAGGCAAAAUCCCCAGGUCAGCCAGUUGACCUAAAGGACAAAUUCCUCCCGCUCCCAAAUACGGUGACCAAUCAUAAUCCAUAGCAAGGUCAUAAAUACGCACUGCUCCAUCAUAGGUAGAUAACAGCUUAAUUAAAGGGAGGGUGGGGGAUCCCAAAGACCAAAGUGCCAAGUUUGGGGUUGGCUUUCCUUAAAUACUCUGGGAGUGGACCUGAGUGAAGUCCUAUGAUGGACUCAGUCAGGCCCACCCCUAAUGAGUGCCCACCCCUUGGUCUGGCUGCUAUUGGCCAAUCUGCAGCUGAACCCAAUUCAACUUUUCCCCUGGCCAACGGGAGAGUAUCUAACAUCUCCCACUGCCCAGGGGACCCAGCUAAAAGUGGUUGGAGGUGCAGCGGGACAUGACAAUGCCAUGCUACUAAUGGCGGUUGACCUGUAGGAUUCACAAGUGCCCAUAUGAGCCCAUGAUCCAGAUCUUUGUGAAAUCCAGUAGGGUGAGACAUAGCUUCAGAUGCAGAACUGUAUGUACAUAUAUAAGCUGUGUAAAACACUAAAUAUUGUAUAAAUACUAUUAUUCUAUGGUGUAAUAAAAAAUUUCCUUUCCCCCCCUCUUUUUCCCAAAGCCUUCUGCUAAUCAGACUUCACCAACAAGCCCUCCUAAAAAAGACAAGUCUUCAAAAGAUGCUAAACAGGUACAUUUUCUUUUAAUAUAUUUUAAUGUUCAGUGGGGGGAGGGGGAAUAGACUUCCUUAAUGCAGAGCCUUGUUUUUCAGCCACAGUCGGCCAAAGACAAAGCAAAGAAGAAAGGGCCAAGUGAAGCCUUGCCCGCAAAUGUGGAGGAGUGGGCUAGCUAUGAAUGUCCUGAUGAAAUUAGAGAUGCCUUUAAACAGGACUCAAGUGGCUGUGCUAUGAACAGGGAAACCAUUUUGGCACCUGUGAGUAGCAUUUCCAGAUUUUGGUUUGUAGGGGCUACUAUCUUAUCUUCUUAGAUCUGUAUGAAUUUGAAAGACUUGUUGGAGUCGGAGGGAACAGAUUUGCUAUGGCAACAUAUAUUGGGUAGAGAUGAGUGACCUUACUGAACACCACGGUGGAUUCAGUUGGAGACAUAACAUCUGCCCAAUGUUCAGUGCUGCAUGUGACCAGCUUCUAUUUCAAAGAAGGCAAAACCAGUUUUUCCUGAGCUUGAUUCUAGAGAGGGGUUGUUUGCGUGAGCAAACCACUUCCAUGGGAACUGUAUCGCUCAGUUCCACACGCCCAUAAAAGAUGAGAUAGUAUUUUCUGUGUAUCCUGAGUUUUACCGGUGUAUAAAUGUCCUACGUAUUAGGCUUUGUGAUAAAACCAUUUUGAAUGAGAAUGUUGAAAGUUUCUUUUCAUGCUGAUUUUCAGGUUGCCACAGAGAUGGCAUAUUUAGUGGUUCAAAAGGUAGGACAAUGUGUCCGAAGUAUACAUUUGUGUGUAGCAACUCCCUGAUGUGUAAAAUUCGAGAACAUUGUUUCAUUGUCCCAUUUUCAGCGUUAAAAAUGCAGAAUUGAGACAGAAGUGUUGACAACUUUUCCAUCAUCAAUUCUUUUAAUUUUCAGACACGUACCUUAUACUACCUAGACCUUUUAGUUAAGGAGCUACAGGCAAUUUUAUGUACUCACUUGACUGUUCCGGUUCUUCAUCUGGCUGAGAUCAUUUCUCGUGAUGUCGUAGAAAGCAAAAGUCUGUCAGAUCUCUACCAUCUUCGGUUUGUAUCCAUUAUUCUGCAGUCACUGUAAAACAUUUCACUUUCCUGCCGUUCAUAAAUUCAAAUCUGUUUUUGGUUGUGGUGUGUAAAUUAAUCCCUUUCUGUACUUUAUGAUGUGCCACAAAUUAUGGAUUUAUGGUUCCAGAAGUUAUUCCCACAAAGUUCCCUGCAUGCGCUGAAUCUCAAGGAGGUUGAAUCUCACCCAUUACUAGCAGAGCACGGUCAUGACUACAACUCCCAUCAGUCUUAACCAAUAUAGUCUGUUGUCAAGGUUGAUGAGAGCUGUCGUCUGUAUGACCACUGGUUUCCCAUGCCUGGUUGAUCAGCAGAACAAGUGUGCUGGACCAGGAUAAUGUGUGUUCAUACUGAUGUAGGUAAUCAUACGUGGUCUGAAACAUAGGGAGAGGCAAGUGCCCCCUUGUACCUUCUAAAUGGCACCCCCAGUAAGCCUAAAAAUUGCUUGUAUGCAUAAUUGCUUGAGCAUUAAAAAAUCUUAGAUGUUAAACAAAAAAAAAUAAGUCUAGGCAGUUUGAACUUUCAUUGGCUGUGCUUUGUCAUGUUUGUGACUGAAAAUGAAAGUUUUAGCAUUUACCGUAUUUUUUGCUCUAUAAGACUCUAUUUUUCCCUCCUAAAAAGUAAGGGGAAAUGUGUGUGCGUCUUAUGGAGUGAAUGCAGGCUGCGCAGCUAUCACAGAAGCCAGAACAGCAAGAGGGAUCGCUGCUUUCACUGCGCAGCGAUCCCUCUUGCUGUUCUGGCUUCUGAAAUUCAGAAUAUUUUUUUUCUUGUUUUCCUCCUCCAAAAACUAGGUGCGUCUUGUGGUCUGGUGCAUCUUAUAGAGCGAAAAAUACGGUAUAUUUUUAUGUCGCCUACAUUUCAGUGUUUCAGAUUCCAAGCUUUUUGCUAUCAAAAACAUAAAAGUAGGAGGGGGUGUGUGUGUGUGUGUGUGUGUGUGUGUAUGCGUGCACAAAUCUCCUUGAAUUCGUGUUUUUUGUCUGAUAGCACUGUUAGGACUCAGCUAUACAGUUGCAAAUAAAACAUUUUAAGUGUGUUUUAAGCGCAAUAUAUAAUGUGGCACUAGAUGGUGAUAGUGAACCUUAUGUAAAAUUCAGUGUAUUCAAUGUAUUUUUUAAAAUGCUUUUUUAAAAAAAAGCAUUUUCAGAACUUUUUUUAUAUGUGUGUAGAUUCCACCCCUGUCUAAUUAACUUGCUAUUUCAGAAGAAGUGAUAUCUGAGACUGUUAAUGACAAGUAUUUUUUCUUCAUUAAUACUCAUAGCAUGACUAGGAAUCCUAGCCCUUCUUGCUCUUAGGCAAAGUGAUCUUGUGGGGAUUGAUUUAUAGGUGAGGAAGUGGGGAGUAUUGCUUAACUCUCCACCCCCCACUUUACUGACUUUCACCACUUGAUGUAGCAAAGGGAUCUGGGAACUCCAGCAUGGAGCAAAAUAUUUCUCUUCCACCCAUGGAAUCCCCUUGGAAUUCCACUCACUGCAGCCACUGUUUGUCUUGGAGACAUGACAUCUGGGUUUUCCAGGCCUGCAGCGGCCUCUGAAUAUACAAUUUUUGCCUUUUUCUUUGAAACUGCACUGCAUUACUUGAACCAAAGUGUAAUAGAUUAACUACGACAACACUGCUUCUGCAGAACAUCUUUCCAUACCAGAAAGUGCAAGUUUUAAAAUGUCCAUUUUAAAGCUGUGUUUAAUUGACAGUGCAGAUAGACAGACUGUUCUGUUUUGCACUUUAAGUCCUCAAAAUUCUGUUGAUGGAAAUGGGAUUUUAAAUAUACCUAGCAGCAAGCCACUCCUGAUCCCUAACUGAUCCCUAAUAGGAUCCCUAACAUCCUAUUGCUUCCCUUUAGCUUCAUUGUGUUCUAGCUUUAUGCAGGUCCCCUUCUUGCCACAUAUUUCCAGAAUGCACAUUGCAUGAAAUCAGUUACAUUUCCAAAUGAGCUAGGGCCAAGUCUUCAUUGUACAAAAGUACCAUUUCUUGUCAACAGGUAAUUUGUAUUUUGUAUGGAUUGUGUCCUUUGUUUUCACAGACUCUCCAGGAUAUGUUUAGAUUUAAAGUUGUGCCAAGCAGCAUUUAAUCAUGAGAAGGCAGUGGGUGAAAUGUACAUUAAUGAAAUGGAACAAGGAAGGUAUGAUCUUCUGAAGCAAAGUGUGUAAUCUGAAAAGUUCAUCAUGGAUUCUGUACAUACCUAACACCCCAUUUCCAGUUGAGCAACUAGGACUAUUUGCAUGCAGCCUUUCAAAAAGCUUGAGAUUCCACCAGUCAGCUAUUUAAUAGGGAUGGGGAGUGGGGGUGCAUGGGGAUUGCAUCCAGCUCCCCAGUCACCCUCCUUAGUGGCUGACUUUAAUCUUUUUGAGAGGGUUCUAUAGGUGGGUCCAUCGUUCCCUGGAUUUGGAUGUAUUACAGUGUAAGCAUAACAGUUGUUUCCUCUAAGAGCAGCAGCUUUUUGCAGUGUGCUGGUAUAACUGAAUUUAAGUUACCGGUAUUCUAUGCCCAUUAACAAAAUGAUUAAUGUGGCCCCGUGGACAUCUCAGUAACGACUUUCCAUGUUGACAUGUUGAUCCUCAUUGUUGUUUUGCUUGUUAUUGUUUGCAAAAUCGUUCUCCCUUCUCCUUUCUCUGAUUCAGGUUUAGACAAGAGAUAGCAUUUAAAAAGGAGAAUGCCAUACAGAACAAGCUGAAGGAAACCAGAUUUACCAGUUUAAAGCCAUCAGAUAUUAGUAAAAAAUUGUUUACUGCAAAAGAUAAGGUAAUUUACUUUCACUUUGCAUAUAGAUCAAAGUAAGAAGGCAUUUUGCUGCCUUUAAACUCUUUAUGGCUUUUAGAAACAAGGUCAAUUGAGUGAAUGCCAUGCAGUAAACUAUGGCUUCCAUUGUUAGCAGUAUAUCCCUUAAUUGCUGCUGGGCCUAGUGGGCAAAAACGGGUGGCUCUUGUAGAGAUGGAAGUUUAAGGCUUUUCUGAGUUUUUCCUUUUAUUAUUAACAUUUAAGAAAAAGUACAUGUUCACAAGGGCAUUUCCUAAUGUAGCUGAUUUGGUUAAAGGGGAGUAAUUGGUGAUGCACCACACAUCUUUAACUAGAAUCCUGUUGCUUUGUCCUCCACUGGACCCAAGAUUCUAUACCAUUUUUAUACUGGAAUUUUCCUUGAUUCAGGUCUCUUGCUUAAGAUCUGCCUCCCCAGCAGGUUCCUACAGGUGGCCUUCUCUCCAUCAGUUAUUUUUCUGGAGUCAAAGUGCCCAGUAUCUUCACUAUCCCCACCCGCCUCUGGGCCUAUUGUCCUGUCUGGUGUUGGUUUCCUCAGCUGCUUUCUUCCUCAGCUGUUCACUCACCUACCCCAUACUUUGUUUCAUUAUUUUAGAACUGCAUUUCCUAUCACCAUGCACCUCCUAUUUCUGCCUCCUGUAUUGCAGAUUUUUGAGGCGUUUGCACUAUCUUAUGCACAGGCUUAUGGCGACUAACAGAUUUAGGUUGAAUCCUGACAAGACAGAAGUACAGUUUGGGGAGGCGAGGGCUGGGGGUGAGGGACUCCUUGGUCCUGAAUAGGGUAACUGUGCCCCUGAAGGGUCCAGGUGCGCAGCCUGGGAGUCAUUUUGGACUCACAGCUGUCCAUGGAGGCGCGGGUCAAUUCUAUGUCCAGGACAGCUGUCUACCAGUGCCAUCUGAUAUACAAGCUGAGACCCUACCUGCCCACCAACUGUCUCGCCAGAGUGGUGCAUGCUCCAGUUAUCUCCCACUUGGACUAAAGCAAUACGCUCUACAUGGGGCUACCUUUGAAGGUGACCCGGAAACUACAACUAAUCCAGAAUGCGACAGCUAGACUGGUGACUGGGAACAGCUACCAAGACCACAUAACACCGGUCUUGAAAGACCUACAUUGGCUCCCAGUACGUUUCCGAGCACAAUUCAAAGUCUUGGUGCUAACCUUUAAAGCCCUAAAUGGCCUCAGCCCAGUAUACCUGAAGGAGCGUCUCCACCCCCAUCAUUCAGCCCGGACACUGAGGUCCAGCGCUGAGGGCCUUCUGGUGGUUCCCUCACUUCAAGAAGUGAGGUUACAGGUAACCAGACAGAGGGCCUUCUCGGUGGUGGCACCCGCCCUGUGGAAUGCCCUCCCAUCAGAUGUCAAGGAAAUAAACAACUAUCUGACUUUUAGAAGACAUCUGAAGGCAACCCUGUUUAGGGAAGUUUUAAGUGUUUGAUGUUUUAUCGUGUUUUUAAUAAUCUGUUGGGAGCCGCCCAGAGUGGCUGGGGAAACCCAACCAGAAGGGCAGGGUAUAAAUAAUAAAACAACAAUAAUAAUAAUAAUUCUCAUCAGGCUUUACAACAGAUUUCAGAUUUUUUUUUAAGGAAUUGGAAUGCUAAGCAAAAUCCCUUUCACCAAUUUUAGAAUUAAAUGCUGACUAAAAUGGAAUUGCAAUUCUAGGAUCACUCUUUCUUUCUUUUUAAAAACAGAUUUUGGAACUGAACCCUGUGACUGAAAAAGGGUUAAGUGGGCUUUCUUUCCCCUACUUGUGGAUAGACAAAGCUGAAGUCCUCAUGCAAUUAGGUUUAUAUCAGCCAGCAAGGCUACUACUUGCAGAAGCACACCAUGCAACUCAGGUAAGUUUGAAAAUUGAUCCCAAACUGGAAUGUGAUCUCGUCCCCUAUGCACUGGCAUAGUCAUAAGAUUCCCUCAGUGCUCCCUCCCAGCUUUCAAGUGGUUUUCUUUUGAACUAUUUACUCAAAUUUAAUCUUAGAGAAGUCCUAGGGCUUCCUCCCAGGUAGCGAUGGAAGGUUCUUUCAAUUUCUCAUUUUUCAGUUCUCCAUAUUUUGCAGCAAUUUGCAAAAAAAAUUAAAAGAAAUUAGCAUGAAAAUUAAAGUCAUUUUAGUCUGAGUUUCUCCUAAUAAACUCCUGUAGAAGAUUAGGAGAUGCAUUUUACACGUUCUCAAUUUUGUUUGUUUUUAAUUGUUCUAAAUACGUAACACUGGAUGCCCUUGGCCCUUUGGUAAGACUGAACUUACAAUUUCAUUUACUUGAAAUAACAUUUUUUCUAGGAAAUGAAUGACCUCUGUACUGUAUCGCGGUGCCUUUAUCUUCUAGCUGUGCUAGCUAACUUGGAACAAAAACAUGGACAAGCUAAAGAACUACUCGAGAAGGCACAAUUGAUAGGUGGAAAUGAGAAAUUUUGGCUGAAUAGCACUUUGUGUCUCACAGAUGCAAUUUUAGGGGAAGAUGAGGAAAGAAAAGAUAAAAUGGUAAGGAAACCUAGUUCAACCACAGGGAUCUGUCCUACAUAUUCCGCAAUGAAUGCAGAUGCAAAGAAUUCCUUCAACUUCUCUGCUGUCUCUCCCCCCCACCCUUUAACACACUUUUGACUCCCUUGUCAUCCAAGGCUGAAUCACCUCCCUAGCUGGUUUCCUUCUUCUAAUGUAUUUAAAUAUUUUUGGGUUAAUUUUAAUGUUUUUAGCAGUAUGUUCAUGAAAUACAUUUUUUUCCUCCUCCCUCAUCCUCUUCUUCUUCUGCAUCUCUUAUUGUUAGCUUGCUUCUGGUUCCCUUUUGUUCUCCUUAUUUGGGUAAAGUCUCCCAUUUUCUAAAAGGUACCUUCUUGCCUCUGACAGCUUGCUUGACUCUAUUAACUACCCUGACAUUUAUUUAUUUAUUUUAUAUACUUUUUUUGCCUUGGUAAUACCUUUUCUGAUUUGCAGUAUAUAUUCUAGUUGAGCUUCUACGAGUUUUUAAUAACAUUAUCCCCUGGCCUUGGAGAGAAUUGGCCUUCUUGACUUUUACUUUCGACUUCUUUUAUAAGCAAUGCCCUCCUUUUUUUAGAAGUCCCUGUGUUGAAGUCAAAAGUGACUGUAUUGAGCUUCACAUUGGCAAUCUUCCACUAAGACAUAUAUUCAGUGCUUUUUUUCCUAUAAAAAAAUGUUUAGGGGUGCUCUCAUUUUGACUCAAGAAAAUCACCAUUUUAUAAUUCAAAUUGAGGGAAAUAAAUACAGUAAAUGGGCAAAAGUACAAAGAUUCACAAAAUGUUUAGGGGUAUGCGUACCCCUGCAUCCCCCCAGAAAAAAGCACUGCAUACAUUGAACUUGAUAGCACUAUGAACACUGUUCCCAAUCAGUACAAUAUAGAACCUUCUGGUUUUUUAAAGCCUUUUUUUCUUAUGUAGAGAUCACAGUAUCCUACUUUUGUAGCUAUAUUUAAUCAAGGUAUGCCUGGUGAGUCAUAUGUUCUUCAGUAAAACACAGCUUGUGUUUUCAUUGAAUGGAUUUGCUCUAGAUAGAAUAAAUACCUGGCCUAAAAUGUUUUGAACAAUUCUGCUUUCUCAUAGCUACAGUCUGGCCAUUUUCUGCAGAGAACUGUAAAUGCAUUGAGACCAUUAUUGCUGGGAAGACCCAACAGAGAAGCUGAGUUGGGUAUUAUAAUCUCAUUCCUUGAAGCCAGGUAAUUAAUUACAAGUAAAAAAAAUUAUUAUAACGUUUUAUGUAUGGUUUGUUAACUAACUAACAAUACAAACAUAUUCAUGUUACCUCAGAAGUAAAUCCCAUUCAGUUCAAUGAAACUUAGUCCUGGGUAUGUGAUCCUAUGUACCCUUUGCAGAGAGUAAUCCCCACUGAAAUCUUCAUGGGAUUUACUUUUGCAUAAAUAUGUUUAGGGUAAUUUUUGUAACUCUCACUGUGCUUUUCUUAAUGCAAACACAGCCUAAUCCAAGCAUAAAUAUAAAAUUAUGGUUUUCUCUUAGCAUUAGUCAUCAAAAUCUAAAAACAUGCAAAGAAAAAAGUGUAUUAGUACAGCAUACUUGAUCAAAUAUUUAAUACAUUAUUGAGAUAUUUUACCCAAUACUAUUAAUAUACUUUUCUAUGCAGGAAAGCAUAUAUUCAUGUAGAGUUUGGUCAAGACUACAUCAAUGCUAGUAGUCAUCCUAAUGACUUAGCAAGAUUGUUGUUGGAGCCAUAUGAUAAAUUAAUUCACAUCGAGAAGGACUUCCUUUCUUACCGGUAUAAAGAUCGUAGUACUGAGGUUUUGCUGGUACGUGCAAAUAUUCACAGGUAAGUCCAUAAUAGUCCUUGAUUAUUUAUUUGAAUGUAAAUAGGCAGAGACCCAAAGGACAAUUUUAAGAUAGCUCAAGAACUUACGGUCACAAAGUGGAUUUCCUCCCUUUCUGCAACAGGUAUCCAUGCCACUUCUUGAACCACUUGUAACUACCUUCAGCUUCAAAGUUCUUUUGUCUUGCAGUAUAGGAAAGAAGCUGUUAAGAACACACACAAAUCUAAAGCACUUUUGGCACAUGCUGAGCAGAUCUUUGGAAACUGGCCCGUGCAUAUUUUUAAAAAACCCACACGCUAAUCACUUCAACUGCAGAUUACUUCUGGCUUGCUUUUUCAACAUUGAGUCUAAACAGUUACAAACAAAAAUAGAACUUCUUUAUUGCAUCUGAAUCAAAUUGCACAAGCAGUGGCUGAAACGCAACAAAAUAUGCAUGAAGCUGACCCACAUUAGCCUGGUACACAUUCAGUGGGAAGCCAAAUCAAGGCUAAGCAUGCUUAUGCAAAUGUGCAGGUCCUCACAGUGGAAAUUGUGACCUUUUUCCUCCUCCUCCUCAUGCUGGCCACAUAACCCGGAAGCUGUACGCCGGCUCCCUCGGCCAAUAAAGCGAGAUGAGCGCCGCAACCCCAGAGUCGGCCACGACUGGACCUAAUGGUCAAGGGUCCCUUUACCUUUACCUUUCUCUUCCUCCAGUCCUGUUGCUGCACUGUCAGUUAUAUGCAAGCUGGGUUCAUGGUUUGUCUCGCUCCAGACAAACCACCAGCUGUAAUCAAGCUUUGUUCUUUGUUUACUACUCAUGGUUUGCUUGAGAGAAACAAACUACAGUUUUGCACCUAAUGCUAAGGGAAGCCAUAGCUUAGCUCAAGGUAGCCGGGCAGCAGCAGGUCCAGUGGAGGAAGAAUGUGGCUGUGUUCACAUGGAGCCUUGUUGUGACUUAGCAGUUUGCCGCCUAGGCCAUGAGCAGAAACAAUUCUUAAGCUUUGAUGGGAAAUACCUGCUGUAUUCAUAUUAUUUGCUGGAUCACAAGCUGCACGUAGUAGUUCUAAUAUUUACCAUUCCUUUUUUAAUACAGUGGUACCUCUGGUUACAAAUUUAAUUCAUUCCGGAGGUCCGUUCUUAACCUGAAAUCGUUCUUAACCUGAGGAACCACUUUAGCUAAUGGGGCUUCCUGCCGCCGCUGCACAAUUUCUGUUCUCAUCCUGGGGCAAAGUUCCUAACCCGAGGUACUACUUCUGGGUUAGUGGAGUCUGUAACCCAAAGUGUCUGUAACCCGAGGUGUUUGUAACGCGAGGUACCAUUGUAAAUGGAAGUAAUAGUAAUCUUGAUUGAAAGUAGUGAAAGCACAGAAGUAACUUUUCCUUUGUGGACACUUUCAAUCAACAUCUUACGUUUGUGUGUGUGUGUGUGUGUGUGUGCGUGCGUGCACGCACGCACACACUUGGCAUUUUUGAAAAAUAAAAUACUUUUAUCAUUUAAUUUGUUGCCUUUAGUGAAUGGUGGUUAUCUCUUUGAACACAAAAUUGGCACAUGCUGCUAAAACUGCAGGAGAAAAAAUUAUCUGGUUAUCUUUCUAAAUAGAUAAAUUAUCAGGGACUAAAUACCAUUUUUGAAUAAUUUUUAAUGUUGCUUUUUUUCUUUUCUUUUUUACAGGAUUCUCGGAAAACAUGCAGUAUACAAGGUAGACAAGCAGAGUCAUUACCUUGAUGCUUACAGGUUAGCUCAAGAAGCAGUAUCACAAAUGGAAGAGCUUUUUCGAUAUAUUAAUAAUGUGAUUCCAGUUAAUGAGGUAGGUAAGGUAGUUGUGUCUUAAAAUCAGCUUGUAGUCUUAUGCACAUUUAAUAAGGAGUAAGUCCCAUUGAGCUCAGCGAAGCUCGUUUCUGAGUGGACAUGUAUAAGACUGCACUGCGAAGACUGCAAAAUAUGGAGACUGUUGACAGUCAAAUGAGAGCGUUCAAAGUCCUGACCAAAUCUGGUGAACAUCUGAAAAUACAGAGAUAAACCAAUGGAGGCAAUUACUCAUUGGUCAUUAUUUGUGUUCCUUAUUGCAACUUCAAAUUGGGGACAUUUCGGGUCAUAUUCAACUACCGGUAAAUUGUUGUGGUAGUGGAAGCCUGCUCAACGAUUCCUGCUAACGCAUCAGGACUUUGCUCCCUCUCCUGCCCCAGCGUGCUGCCCCUGCCCUCCCCAAAUCCACUCCAGAGAGUUGGGAGAAUCCGAGAACAGCUACACUGAAUACAAGCAUUGGCAGGAAAUUUGGAUAGGUCUUUGUGGCUGUCAGCAGCCUUCACAUUUGUAAAUAUUACAUGCAGUAAUAAGUGUCACUUUGAAAAACUGCAAACGAUCCUCCCUUCUCUAUUCUUUUUUUUCCUUCAUAAUUUUCUUUAACAGAUCUGUGUUUCCCACCCCAAGAGAGCAGUGGCCUUUUAAUCUUCAGGGUGCAAGAUUUUCACUCUUCUCACUCUAUGUCUGAUGUGUUUCAUCUUGCCAUCCACCACAGUCCUAGAAUCCGGAAUGUUCUUUUUAACUCAGUCUUAUUUUUGUAUUUCAGACUAAAAAUAUAAACACUCCCUUGAUGAGAAAACUGGCUAGCAUGAAGGUGACACUUACGGAGAUCAUUUUGGAUAUUUUUGUUCUCAUCAAUAUUGAGAAAAAAAAGAAAGAGGCCAAAGCAGACGAGAUUGAGCAGAUUAUCGAGGAUUUUGUGAGGUUUACACCUGAUGUUGCUUCUGUUGAGCAGGUUUGUGUGUCAUUGCUUUCCUGUGGUUUGGGCUACAAUCGUAUAUGCACUUAUUUGGGAAUAAGACAAUGAUAGGUCUUACUUCAGCAUAGGAUUGUGCUGUGACUUCUAUCAAAGCAAACGUUAGAGAAUCAUCAGUACAGUGGUACCUUGGUUCUCAAACUUAAUCCAUUCUGGAAGUCAGUUCCAAAACCAAAGUGUUCCAAAACCAAGGUGCGCUUUCCCAUAGACAGUAAUGCAAAACAAAUUAAUCCAUUCCAGACAUUUAAAAGCAACCCCUAAAACAACAAUUUAACAUGAAUUUUACUAUCUAACAAUACCAUGGAUCCAUAAAAUGAAAGCAAUAAUCAUUGUACUGUACUUUAAAAUAAAUAAGACAGUAUUGUAGAUGAUAAAAUAAAAAUUAUUAUUUUUUCUUACCUGCGCUGAUGAUUGUCAUUGUUUGGAUGGGGGGCUUUUAUCCAUUUCCACAGUCACACAAUCAAUCAGUAGCUGAGCUAGGUUCCACACAGUCACAGAAACAAAUUAACUGAAAAAGCCUCAAAAACAAAAACGCAAAAUAAAUAGCAAAAGAAGAGUUUGGAUUUGAUAAUCCCGCCUUUCACUCCCUUUAAGGAGUCUCAAAGCGGCUAACAUUCUCCUUUCCCUUCCUCCCCCACAACAAACACUCUGUGGGGUGAGUGGGGCUGAGAGACUUCAGAGAAGUGUGACUGGCCCAAGGUCACCCAGCAGCUGCAUGUGGAGGAGCGGAGACGCGAACCCGGUUCCCCAGAUUACGAGACUACCGCUCUUAACCACUACACCACACUGGCUCUGGCCAGAAACAAAAAUGCCAAACUUAAUCCGUUCCAGAAGUCCGUUUGACUUCCUAAAUGUUCAAAAACCAAGGCUCAGCUUUUGAUUGGUACAGGUGCCCCGGAAACAAUAGCCGACAGCCACAUCGGACGUUCAGCUUCCGAAAAACGUUUGAAAACCGGAACACUUACUUCCAGGUUUUUGGCGUUUGAGAACCAAGGUACCACUGUACUCCGUUUCUGAAGCAUUGGAUCAUUUUUGUUGUUCAUAAUGUUACCAGUUUCCAGCAUAUUGGUUUUAUUUCAUGUUUUCUGAAUUCUGACAGGCAUGGUUAAAACUCAGCUGCACAAUUGGCCAUAAUGCCCAGGCUCAGCUAACAAGCCUACAGAGUCUUUAUACUGGCUGUCCUGAUAUCAGAGCCAAGUGCCUCUAUCUCACUGGGAAGUGUUUGCGUUUAAUGGCUGAUCAUACAAACCCCAUCUUUACAGAUGUUCACUGGAGUGAAAAGGCAGCGGUACGGCAUAUUUUUCCUACAUUUAAUCAAAGCGUUAAUGGAAGUGGGGAAAUGAACAACUUCAGAAAUCUGUUUUCGGCUUAUUCCACAUUUUUAUUUGGCGUUUUAUUGUGUCCUGUGUGGAUUGUGUGCACGUGAUUUUACAAAUUGGAAUAAGUUUUGAAAUAAAUGUGGGGUUUUUGUGGAGAUGUGGGGUAUAGAUGUUGAAAAUAAAUAAAAUUUGUGUGUGUGUGAUAAAGAGGGCAUGGGGGCGGAGGUGGCUGGGUGCCAACAAGAGAAACAACACCUUGCCCUGAAGUGAAGAGUAAUACAGAGGCAUGUUGGUGUCAUAGUUCUCAAGUACUGUAAUUAAGAUCAUGCUCAAUUGGCACCUCAUAGUUGCUUGAAACCUCAUGUUUAAGGGAAAUAGAUUGCUUGUCCUCACUGUGUCCUCUGUAUAUUUUGGACUACAAUUUCCAUCAGCCAAAGCCAGGGUCAGUGGUCAGGGAUUGUGGGAGUUGGGGUCCAACAAGAUCUGAGGGCAUGAGGUUGGGGAAUUAUGUCCCAGAACAAAGUCCAAGAGAUGCAUUACCUGGAGAAUGAUUUGGGGUAAGAUUCGAAUUCUGUGUUUUUGGUCAAUCGUUGGAAGCCGAAGUAAACGUUUAAAUCCUUUCCUGAUUAUGCCAUUCGUUAAAACUGAGCAAGAAACCAAAGAUAGAAAUUGGAAAAGUGACUACACUGGUCUAGUCUGCAUAGACCGCAUUUAGUUACCAGCUGAACUGCAAAUUUUUGUUCUACUUGAAAUAAUGGUUAUAUAUUUUUUAACCAAUUCAGCAUAAAAAUAAGAGAUAUAGCAGAUUUAAGAAUAGGAAACCCUUAGCAAAACAUUUACAUAUGAGCAGUCCUGGUUCUUGGCAUGGCAGAUGGUCUUUUGAAUGGCAUGUUGUUAUGUUGACACACAUUCAAAUGCCAAUUAAAGCAGGGGUAGUCAACCUUUUUAUACCUACCACCCACUAAUGCAUCUUUCUUGAUUGUAAAAAUUUCCUUACCGCCCACCAGUACUCGAUGGAUGGAAGAUUCAGCUUGUGCCGUAGAACCCCCUACUGCCCACCUAGAAUCCUGAAACGCCCACUGCUGGUAGGGACCAGGUUGACAACCCAUGAAUUAAAGGGUCCAUGUUGUUACUAGAGUGCCACAUCAGACAAAGAAGGAGCUUGUGUGUGUGGUCAACAUUGCAUACCGUACUAGAACUGGGCUUUAUGUAUGUGUUCGCACAUUUCAUGCAUUACAUUUUGACAAUGCUUUGUUUGUUUAAUUCUUUUGUGAUGGACAGGAGGAACCUAAACCUGUUCUUGAGAAAUCCCCCUCACCAGAAUCAGAAGCAAAAUGUGAUGAAAGUGAAACACCAACUCCGGGUUUGCAACUUACCAAAAAACAGCUUGAUGAUUACAGGAGGAAAGCAAGUGAAUUAAGGGUACGUUUAUGUGAUAACCUAAGUACUGUAUAUAUACAUGUACACGCACACAUAUAUAUAGUAAAUUCUAAGUUUAGGACAUGCCAGGUAAGUACUAUAAAGACAGACAGUGAAGGAAAAGUGUUUAGGACAUUUCCACUUCACUGUAGAAUACUUUUAUAAAAUAACACAUAAAGUAGAAUUUUAGUUAAGAAAGUAAAUAGUAAAGAAUUUGAACAAGCUGUGGAAGAGAAAGCUAAAAAUUUAUUUGCUGAUAAUUUUCCAUUUUUUGUAUUUGAUUUCUUUGAUUUCUUGGUAUGUGGUUUCUAAAAGUCUGUUAUAAAAUGAGAUGAAAAUAAGAACUGAACCUUUUCCUCUCUCUUUUUGGAAAGUAAUUUUUAAAAAGGAAUAUAAGCUCAUAUAGAUCUUGCAGUUCUCAUAUUAAUCAAUUUUAAUUACUUUGCAUCACCUUUUCAUCACUUUCCUCAUUUAUAAAAUGUUUUGUUCCUGUAUUGUUGUUCCAUGGAGUCAGAAAAAGGAAGCCCAACAGGAACAUGUAUUUAUUUUGAGCUAAAUGGAAAACAAAAUCUAAUAGAGCCCUAAUAGAUUGCUCUGAGGGACAAAAUAGCAUAACUGGGAGCCCAGUUUGAAACUCUCAAUUUAUACCCAUUUGUCUUCUCUAGAAACAUUUAAUCUUUUCCAUUAAGAACUGUUAUAUGAGAUCAGAAUGUUCUAUCUUCUUUGAAGUGAUAAACUACUAUUUAUGUUGGAUUUAUGUAGUUUUAGCAAUAUUGAAUACAUAGGAUUCUGAUCUUUGCUAUAUAGCGGAAACAGACUUGGACCCAAAGAUACCUGUUUCAGUCAACGGAGGUUUUGCUGCAGAGCAUUAAUGUUGCAAUGAAUAAUAACAUGAUUGAUAUCCUGGCUGCUGCUAGCUUGGAAAUGGUGGAGUGCUUUGGACGAUUUGACUCCGUUUCAGCAAGCCAGUUUUUGGCCCUUUACCAGGUGAGGCAACAGCUACUUCAAUUAGCUCUUUAGUACCAUAAUCAACCAAGUCAAUCUUAAAAUUAUUAAGAACAUGUGAAUUCAGACGGUGAUAUUACUAAGUAAAAUUAUUUCUAUUACGUGAUGGUUUCUAUUCCCAUGUGAUGUAAUUAUUACUUUAAAUAUGUAGCAAACAUAAAAUUAGCCUUGUGCAAGCAUAACACUUGCAAUCGACUAUCAGUGGUUCAAUGUUUUGGAACAUGUAUUUUGGGGGCUGUGCACCAGAUCCAACCAAAUGCCAGAUCCUAAAAUCAGGCUGACUCACGUCAACCCAGGAUUCAACCAAAUUGGGGUGUGGCAUCCCUGGAUCAACUUGAAGUUGGGUUGGAUCCAUCUGGAGCGAUCCAGGGCUGUCAAAAGGGAAGGGCAGCUUGGUGACGAGGAGAAGGAGGGAAAAAGAGACAUUCAGAGAGCCCCCAACCACAUGAUUAAUUAGUGGAAAAGUUCCUUCUAUCUUCAUAAAACUUUUGCUGAAGCCCUUUCCCAUCAAAAAUGACUAGCUGAAAUCUCCAUUUUAUGGCAUUCACAUAAUUUAAACAACUUUUUGAUAAAUGCUUUGUGUGUUUUGUCUCUUCUUGUUGUCUCCUUAAUCUGCCACCUUCUCAGGUACUUGACUCCUCUUUUCAUUCUCCCCUUAACUUCUGCCCAUCCUGCCCCUCUCUGUAAGAUCAAAGCAUAUCAGUCAAUGGUAGCCAGACAACCAUUUUUUAAUUUGUCCAUCCUCAUCCUUCUACCCCAGUGAUGUUAAUUUAGCUCAGCCAAUCACUGGCAGAAGCGUUAUCACCACCAGUACUAUCCCUUCCUUACACCAAUAGCUCCUUAGUCAACUGUAUAAAUAUCAUUUAACCAGGCGUGGGGGGGGGGAGCGUUUCAGUGAAGCACAUUUAUGGAGAGAUCAUUCCACAGAAAGAAGCUGAAUAGCUGAGAAAAUCCAUUCUUAGAAUUUUGAUGUCAGGGCUUCUUUACUGUGAAUGUAAAUAAUCACCAUAUCGGGGCCACUUCGUUUCAUGCUUUCUUGAAAGGGUUUUCAUUAGAAAUCUGUUUUAAAACAUUUGCCAAACUAGACUUGUAUUAAAAUGUUGCAGAGCUGUUCAGCAUCACUGAUGAUGAAAAACAUCCUGCUAGCAGCUACACUGAACACCAGCAAAUCACAGCUGGCAGCGAUGCUGCAUCUGCAGCACCACUUGCAACAAAAAGGAGAUGUUACAUGCAGUCUUCUAAAAAAUGUGGAGCACAGGUUGGCUGCAAUCUCAAAGGUAACUUGGUCAGUUAAAAUAAAAUUGCAAUUUCUCAUCCAGCUAGGGAUCUAUAGGACCCGAGAAUGAUCCCUAGCUGUAGUGGAACACCUGUUUGGAGCAUAUAUGAUCAUUUAUUCUCUUGCCCUACAAAUUGUGUGUGUGUGCUAUAUAUAUUGGAAUAUAAAGCAGGUAAGAGCAUUAAAAGUUGGAGGGAAGAAUUAAAAAGCAGUGGUAGAUUGUCUGAGCAAAAUUAGUUAAAAUUUUUGCAACUUGCUCUGUUUUUUGUAAUGUACAUUUUCUAAUGCACUGUAGUUCACAGAUAGCGCUGCAGACUGCUGUGUUAUGACAAACUGGGCUCUCGGGGCUACUGCCCUACUGCAGCACCAUCAGAUGGUUAGGAGCAGGAGGGAACUGAAUCACUGACGUAUAUUUUACAAAAAUAUGGCUAAUAAGAAUUCUAGAACCCAGCCAUGCUAUUACUUUGACACUUUGUCAUGAAAAGAACAAAGUUAUGUUUUAAACGGUCUGAAAAUUUAUUCACUGUUACCUUUUUUUGCAUAGGCAUGGGGAAAUCUUUGCAUUUCUCCACAACACUUUAACAUCAUGAAUGAAUUACCACCAAAUUUUCAUGUAAUGAUUCUCCAGCAUUCAGAAGACAGGUAUGAAUAUAGGUUCUCAUGUUGGCACUCUUUUGCAAUACAGUUGCAGUCAGUGGAGUGGCGGUGCUUACCUGGCCUCUAAUCACCACCGUUGUUGGGUUUACCAAGAGGGGGAGGGGUGAUGCCAGGAUGUUAUAAAUGUACUAGCAGGAAUGCUGGAUUGGCUCUGCUGUUGCGUUAACACCAUGCUGGCACCGCCGCCAUCUCACUCCUCUUCCUUCUUGCACACCAGAGCAAUAGCAGAGGUGAUAAUUUCAGGAAAGCAGUGGCCCACCAGCUGUUGCUGUUAGAGUGUCUGUUCCAUAUGCCAUUGCUUUGGUGCAGGCAUAAAAUAUAACCAUGACUGGUUAGUGCAAGUCAUAGUUUGUUACUUCAUCCUGUUUACGAUCUCAAAGAUCUAAUUUGGUUUAACUGGUCAAGCCCUGUUCUCUGAGGCUGUUGGUAGAAAGACACCAGCAAAGGUUGUUUGUCAUCUAGCAAAUAGGAGAAGCAUGGUUAGCAUAAAUCAGCUUUUCUCAGCCUGGUACCGUCCAGAAGUUUGGGAUUACAAUUUCUAUCAUCCCUGACUGGGGCUCCUGAAAGUUUAGCAAAACAUCAGGGUGGCACCAGGUGGGAGACGUCUGAGGUAAACCAUGGUUUCAUGUUCUGGCUUGUAGCCAAUCCUUCACCAUAGCAGUGUUACCCAAAGCUUACUCAUAUUUAAAGGAAAAGAUACCAUGGUUACGUAUUUCAUUUUUAUAGGGCCAUGCUCUUCAGCUUCUGUUUCAGUAAAACAUAGUGAUUAUAGUGUAAGCAAAGAGAAAUAGCUGUGCCUGGCCUUUGUUAGAAUCAAACCCACCACUGAACAUCUGUCUGUUGCGUCCCAAACUGCUUAUUGGCUGCCUCUGUGCGCUCAUCAUUUCAAUAUCGCUUUGCCACUCCUGUAACAUCUUUUCCUUCAGCGACUUCCAGCAGCUGCUGUGUACCAGCAGUUUUAACUAUGUAUGGUAUAUAUGGUUGUCUCCUGCACUUCAGGUCCUUUCCCACUUUGAAAAGAUGGGCUUGAAGAAAGGUGCAUUUGUUAUCACAUGUUUUGAAGAUAGGUGCUCCCUGUUGGAUGACUAUAGUAUUUGAGGAUAGUAUUUGACCUCUGGCUUUCCACCAUUACGUUUUAUUUAUUUAUUUCCAUUCUUUCCAUUUUUAUUUCAAAGCCGGGAAGUGUGUCACAGUAUUUCUGAUCUAUUAUAUUUAGCUAUGAAUGUGAAGAAAGAGGUUUUAAAAAACAUGACAGAAACCAUCCACCACCCAUUCCACUUGAGCACCUUCUCCCAGUUUUAGUUGUUUCUGCUACUCUGGAUUCCUUGCCUUUCUCAAAGGAAUUCUCAUUCCUUCCCCAAUAAAUGCAGGGAAAGUAGAGUUAAGGAUCUCAAAAAUGUAGCACAGACUUUUUCAAACUACACACAGGUCCCACUAUCAAAACACUAUCUGCAAUUUCAUACACCCAAACAUAAAAAUUAUGACCAAACAUUGCUACAAAUUGGACAAAUCAGGGAGCAGGAGGGAGCAGACAAAUCAGUUUAUCCCUUUGUCUCUUCUUUCCUGUUUGGCUGCAGCCAUUUUAGGAGGAAACCAUGGCGGGAGGGGAGAGAGAGAUCACAGAUUAGAAAUGUUCCCAUAGGAAUCAUCAACUCAUUCUGUAAACACUCGCCUAACGAACGAUUUGUGGGAAUGCAUUGUGUUCGGAAAGCGGGACAUGCACAUACAUAUGUGGGAUUGGGAGGGGUGGCUAACACCCCAGAGGACAGGAUCACACUUCAAAACGACCUUGACAGAUUAGAGAACUGGGCCAAAACAAACAAGAUGAAUUUUAACAGGGAGAAAUGUAAAGUAUUGCACUUGGGCAAAAAAAUGAGAGGCACAAAUACAAGAUGGGGGACACCUGGCUUGAGAGCAGUACAUGUGAAAAGGAUCUAGGAGUCUUGGUUGACCACAAACUUGACAUGAGCCAACAGUGUGACGCGGCAGCUAAAAAGCCAAUGCAAUUCUGGGCUGCAUCAAUAGGAGUAUAGCAUCUAGAUCAAGGGAAGUAAUAGUGCCACUGUAUUCUGCUCUGGUCAGACCUCACCUGGAGUACUGUGUCCAGUUCUGGGCACCACAGUUCAAGAAGGACAUUGACAAACUGGAACGUGUCCAGAGGAGGGCAACCAAAAUGGUCAAAGGCCUGGAAACGAUGCCUUAUGAGGAACGGCUAAGAGAGCUGGCCAUGUUUAGCCUGGAGAAGAGGAGGUUAAGGGGUGAUAUGAUAGCCAUGUUCAAAUAUAUAAAAGGAUGUCACAUAGAGGAGGGAGAAAGGUUGUUUUCUGCUGCUCCAGAGAAGCGGACACGGAGCAAUGGAUCCAAACUACAAGAAAGAAGAUUCCACCUAAACAUUAGGAAGAACUUCCUGACAGUAAGAGCUGUUCGACAGUGGAAUUUGCUGCCAAGGAGUGUGGUGGAGUCUCCUUCUUUGGAGGUCUUUAAGCACAGGCUUGACAACCAUAUGUCAGGAGUGCUCUGAUGGUGUUUCCUGCUUGGCAGGGGGUUGGACUCGAUGGCCCUUGUGGUCUCUUCCAACUCUAUGAUUCUAUGAUUCUAUAUAACCUGCUAUCAUUUGGAGUAUUGAGGUAGUUAGGUACUUGCAUCACAUUCAGUUAUAAAUUUAUGUUGGAUAAGAAGGGAAUAAGGCAUUAUCUGAGGGAAAACGGUCUUCUGAAAAAAUUGAUUUGAUUGCUUUCUUCACUAGAUCUUACUUGUAUGGCGCACUACUUGAGAAAGUGAAAUUGACCAAUCCAAAGGAACAAAAGGACCACAAGGAAAAGGGUGGACAGCAAAAGGAGAAGAGCGGGCAGCAGAAGGAGAAGAGUGGGCAACAAAAGGGAAAAACUAAUCAGCCAACUUGUAAGCUUUCCUAAGAAGUUCAGAUUCAAUUAUGGUUCUCUUUUGUUGGGCUGGACUGAAACUUCACACAUGAAUAUUUGGGGCAAAAAUGUCCUGUUUUUGAGGGAACCAAAUUAUGCCCGUGAGAGCCCUCUUCUACUCAACUUUAUUUGCUUUGUGAUUGGCAGCAGCUCCAGCUCCACUUUUUAAAGUGCACCUUCUAGCUGGGAACAGUAUUCUCAGCCAGCUGGAGGAUCACGUCAUGAGCAUGAUGAAGUCCCAAUGCCACCUACCCAUUCAGAGUGAGGACACUUGCUCUCCCCUCAGUUUCUUGCUGAAACAUGGAAAUAUUUUUUAGCCCCAGGUAGUCUUGCAUAAAAAUACAACUCAUCCUGUGGAAUUAAACCAUUUGAAUUCCUGGUGCAAGUGUUAAAUUGGUGCCCACAGUGAAAGAUUAGGAUUGAGUCAUCCCAACUCCAUGACUCAUGCAUCCCCAAGUUAUCUUGGUUCACAAAGGUUAUAACAUCACCUAAUUUAUUUAACACUACUACCACUGCUGCAGUAAUUCACGCUCUCUUGUGCAUGGAUCCUUUCUGUAUGCCUGGAUAUGGAAAAUGAAGAUGCAUUGCAUGUUUUAAAAAAUUACAAUGCAUUGCAAGUGUCAAAAUGCUUUUAAUAGGUUUGUAUUUUAAUUUACAUCAGUGCAGGCUAAAAUUGUGCGAUCCCAGGUGAAUUCUAAUACUUUGAUGAAUUUGCUGGAGAAGGUAAAGGUUUUGAAAGAUGAAAGGAUGAGGAGUCUUCGGAGACAACCAUCACCAGAGAGAAGCCAUGAAGACAAAAAUGAGUUUCAAAAACUUCAAGAAUCAGUCAUCAAAGUAGAAACAGGAAGAAAAAGUACUGUAAGAACUGCACUUGUUCAUAUUGGUGUUUUCACACCUGAUGUACUGAGACAGUAAUGUUUAAUAACUACUUUUUCCUCUUGUGAAUACAGUGUAAGUUGUUGUCCAUAAUAAUUUCACUAGUGUCAGCUAGUACCCAGACAGAUGAGCGGGGUAUAAAUAAUAUAAUUAUUAUUUUUAUUAUCCCUAGGGCAUUGGUCUUCAACUGGGGAGUCUGUUGUGGAGGUGGGGAGUGAUUAACAAAAUCAAUCUGGGAAUAUCCCCUCAGUCACACAGUUUAGGACAUUCCACACCUCUCCUCAGCAGAGUUUCUUUUUCUUUGAGAAAAUUAAGGGGCUCACUUAAAUAUAAACUAAGCUUUAAUAAUAAAUAAUAAUAAUAUAAUAUAUUUUAUUAUAAUGAAUAUAAUAAAGAAAUAAUAAGCAAAGUAACAAUAAUGAGAGAAACUAAAUACAACAGCAUGAGGCAAGUCUGAGGCAAGAAAAAAAGAAAAGACAGUUGGUCCCUCUUAUUUGAAACUUAAUGGAACAUAAUGAAGGGAGGGGCUGAUUCCGGAGCAUGACACACAAGCCCCGCCCACCAGAUACCAAACAUUCCACUGAUCAAAUUAGGCUCCAGGGUUUUUCUUACAGAAUCAGAACUAGGGGUGUCAUCUGAUUCUUCACACUGGUUUGGAUCCCAGUUUGAUACACCAAUCACCUGCACCAUUUUGCUUCAGUUCCCACUUUGCUAUUUUUAACUACUCCGAAUCUGGCCUUUUAGCUUUUAGAAAAUAAUGUUGUUAUUAAUGACGUCCUAAUGAAUACUAUUAUAAUGUUAUUACAAAAAUUCAUGCAUGGGACUCAAUGAGACAGAAGUAAAAGUAAAUACAAACUGGUUGAAAGGAAAUCCGCAGAAAUCCGCUGCAAGCAGCCAAGCAGACUACAGGCCAGUCCAAUGCUCGGUCUGCCUGUAGCGAAUUCCACCAUCAUCUUUAGUCAUGACCCACCAUUGGGUGACAGCCGGAUCUAAAUUCAGUCAUAACGGCAGCACUGCCUAAAUCCUAAUAUAAGACAAACAAUUAAAAAUUGAGUAUCCAAAAGUAUAUUUUGGCUAAAGAUGUGUCCCUGGUCCAAAAAGGUUGACGACUACUAAUCUGGUGGAUUAUUUUAUAAAUAUUACAGCUAUUGCACCAGUGUUUUCAUUAGAGAACACAUUAUCAAAUAAAAUAACACAUACAUAAAAAUAAGGUGAUUGUUCAGUUUAGACCUGGGAUAGCUUAAACAUUACUAAAUUUUAAUGACUGUUCUAUUUCGAUUUGGCUAUUCAGUUUCCUUUCUGUCUUUGAUAUUCUUAUGCCUUUUUAAAAAUCAAUCAAUCAAUCACUGUUUUACUUUAUAUCAUAGGAAACAGAAAAUGAAGAUGAAGAACAUUUUAUAUCAGAAUUCCAGGCUAUCAUGAAAGACGUAGAAGAAUAUCUGAAACCUGUAUUGUCACAAUUUGAUUUCUCUGAGCUGAGGUAUUUUUUCAAAUGUUUUCUCUUAUUUGUUACAUAUCUUUAGGCACCAGGCAAAAACAUUCCUCUUCUCCCAGGCCUUUGGCUAAUUAAACAAUCUCUGGCCUUUUAAACAGUGGGGGGUGGGUAUUAUUUUGUUUGUUAUUAUAGUAUGUAUGUCAGGGAACUGCCAUCGGAGCUGGAAGCGGAGGGAAGGCUCCAAAGGGAUGGCGGAGAGGGUCCCAGUAGGGAGAGAGGGAGCCCGUCUGCUGGGGAAGGAAAUCAGCGUAACACCAGUAGAGAAGGGGGGCAAAUGGGGGAAUCAGGGAGGAGGCUCCAAGACUCCUCGCCGGAGACCAGCGGAGAGAGUACGGGUACUCCACUGCCCACACCUCCCUGCGCGGAAGUCUUCUGCGCAGGGAGAGUAGGAGGAGACUUGGCGUCAAGGAACUUUUGUGCUGGAAGAAGUUUAAGAAACGCCCACUGACGGAUUCUGCCAGCGACUGAGACAGUCACGAUGCUGGAGGCUGUUCAGUCAGAAAGGGUUAACCAGCUAACCUAGCCAGGAGUGGCAGCAACUUACGCACGAGCAACCCCUAAACCCAUUACAAUGUAUUUUUGUGUUUUUAUACUAUAAACCACCGUGUCACACUUGGAUGAAGGGUGGUAUAUAAAUUUAAGAAAUAAAUGUUGUUCCCAGCCUCUGAAGCAAUUCUGAUAUAGUAAAGGAAGCUGACAAAAGCACAGUUGUUUUCAUUCUGAACAAAUAGAACUGCAAACAGGAAUCUAAGAGGCCAUUUUUAGUACCCCAUUUUAUAGACCAUUACAAGAAAAACCUCUCAAACCUAAUAAAAUAAAUUUCUUAUCGAAGUGCAGGAGCAAAUCUGCACCGUAGGAGCCUUCUACUUCCUUUGAAAAGACACAUGUCAGACAAUCUUUGGAACCUAAUUUUUUCAGGCAUUGGCAGUGUCACAGUAAGGUAUCUUUCCAGUAGCCACUACUGCCAGUGAUGUGCUUGGUUCAUCUUGGUCCCUGUAGUACCUGCUGCCUGGAGGUAGAAGCAUCAUCUGUAAUUUUAUACCAAUUUAUUCAGGUCAUUGGAACCAUCAGAACUAUGCAAGUCUAUGUUAACCUUAAGUAAAACUAUGAGAAUGCAUGUUUCUCUUGUAUGAUAAAGCCAGGUGAGUUCUGCUUUUCCUAUUGCAGGUAACAUGAAACAAACUGCAAGUAUUUGAUUCCUGUUACUGUUCUUUAAAAAAUUAUAUGCUGUACAAUAUUGUUAAGACCUGGUCUUUGUCUCCUCAGGCCAAGUCCAGCAGUCUCUCCAGCUGAUUCAGGAAAAGGUAAAGGUGACUCAGGUAAAACUAAGGCAGGUGACUCAGGAAAAGGCAAAAAAGGUAGUCCAGGAAAAACUAAAGCAGAUGGCUCAGGAAAAGGCAAAGCAAGUGAGGCAGGGAAAGCAAAAACUAAAAAUAAGGAGAAAGCCACUACAGCUCCAGGUAUGUCUUAAGUUCUAAAGCAUAUAUAUAGUGUCAAACGAUCCAAUAAAAUUAUCUUCUUGAUAAAUAGUUUGCUACAAAAUUUCAAAGUAUAAAGUAUUGUAUUCUCAGGUUAGCAUAAGUUAUCUGUGAUUUCUGUAAUUAUGCACUUUCGAAGGCAGAUUGUUUUGUUUAUAUUUAACCAUGAUGACAAACCAUUGCAUGCUUGUGAAUCCUCUUCCCAUUUCCCAAUAGUCCAUGCAUGUUGGGAGGACAAUAGAAAUUUCCUUUCCUGGUUUAUGCAAACCAUAGGUUGCUCACAAACCAGAAGCCCAAAUAAUGGUUUCAUCCUAUGGUUUGAGCAAAUUACAGAUUUCUAGGUGUGGAUGAGGCAAUGAACUAUGGUUUGCCUCAAUCUAGGAGCAGACACUUCUAAUCUCCUCCCUUUGCAUGUGCAAGAAGCAAGAGAGAAAGUGUGCAAACCCAAGACUCAGUUUAUUGUGCUUGAAUGUAGCCAUUAUAUUUGGGUAUAGAAAGAAAUGUUGACUUCUGAUUAAUUUAUGGCACUGGCUACCUCCGAACCAAGAAGUCCUAUAUUCUGCAUGAUUUUCCGGGGCUUCCCAAAUAUGUGUGUGUGUGUGUGUGUGUGUGUGUGUGUGUGUUUAAAGACUUCAUUUAUCUCUUCAUCUUAACUGGGGAUGAAAACAGAGUCAGUUUAUCUGAGCAGAAGGAAAAAAUGCUUCCCAUUUAAGAACAGUUGUUAUUCUUUUAUUGAGAAUUAUUUUUCUUCCCCUUUUUCCUACAUUCAGCUGGCAUUGAAGAUAUAGGAGAAUGCAUAAUACUACUGGUGGACAAAUGUCUUUUGGAAUUUCCUUUGGAGGGUCUGAAUAUCUUUCAAGAAAAGACAAUAAGUUCUGUGUCCAGAGACUUUUCUCUCCAAAUGUUCUACAACCGCUUACAUAAAGACGAAUCAGGUACAGACAAGUUUAUAAAUACUUGAAAAUAUAAUCUUAGAUAGAUAGAUAUAGACUUUGAAUCCCUUUUUGAUGAUGGUUGGUAUCACGAUAAUAUAUUUUACAUUUCUGCUUAGAAAGUAGCCUUGUACCUCACCAUUAACUGUCUCAGCGUCCCUUCCAGUUCUACAAUUCUACAAUUUUAUGAUUCUAUUAUUCUUAUGUAGAGACUCCUGUGAAAAAGUAUUGUGGUCUACAAUCAAUGUUAGAAUUCAAAUGUUGGUUAUCAGAAGAAUUACUUGUAAUAAGCCUUCAGACUAUCUCUGUAAUUCACAUAUAUUGAUGACCAUGAGAAGUAUGUCAAUCUCUGGAAAACAUUGCAGGGAUUGGGGAGAGGGUGUCAUAUCUUAUUCUGUGAUUGUGCUUUUAACAUUUUCAGAAAAUGAGUUCAAAAAGGAUGGGAAAAAAGAAUCAAGACCAAAAGGUGAACACAGAAAGAGUGUGAAAGUAGUAAGUAUAUAUUUUUGACGAUAUCUGAUGCAUUUCUAAGCUGUAUCAUAAUGUCCUGUUCAAGAUCCAAAAACUCUGCAACUUUCUAAUAGUUUAAUUUUAACUUUAAUAUGCAUAUAAGUGAAGCAGUUGUAUAAUGCAUUGUGUUUGCAUGUAUCCUUGUUUCGUCUUGUUAUACCUUUUGUUACAAAACAAGACCUAUAAACUUCACAAUAAUAAUUCUUCUCAUUGUUGAUCAUUAAUUCCUGCUGCACUUCUGGAGAAACAGCACACGGCAAUAUUCCUUGCGAAUACUUUUAGUAAUAAAGUUGCCUUGAAAAAGGGAUCAAUAGUCUGUCCCAACCCAAUGGACAAUAUAGGCAGUUUUGGGUGUCAAAAAUCUUGGGAAAUUCUUCAAGGGUGAAUAUAAUUCUUCACUCCAUCCUAGACCCUUUCAACCAGGAGUGGGGGACCUGUGGACUUCUAGAUUCUGUUGGACUCAGAGACAGUCCUACCAUUAGGCACACUGAGACAAACACCUCAGGCGGCAGAUGCUGAGACAAGCACCAGGAGUGAGAUGCUGGGAAAUAGGGCUAUGUGUGCUAGACAGCCUAAGCUAGACUUCUAUCCUUGAGAGUGGCUGGGGAAACGCAGCCAGAUGGGCAGGGUAUUAUUAUCAUUAUUAUUCUUACCCAUGACUGGUGCUGAAGUAAGAUUCAGCUAUCAGUCCAGUAGGUUCUAGAACAUGUAAUGGAGGAAGCACAAUCUAGUCCUUCAGCUCAGGCAUCCAAAUGGUUGGCCAGCUCUGGUUGGACUCCAGCUCCCAUCACCCUUAGUCAGGGAUGAUAGGACUUGUUGCCCCACAUCUGUAGAACCACAGAUUGUCCACCCCUGCUUUAGACAGCAAGUUCUGAGAUAUGGAGGCUGUUUGUGUUCUUCCUCCUUCACCUCCCCUAUGCGUUCCUAUUAUUCCCAAGUCUUAAUCUUAGGAAAGGGACUACAAUAGGAGAAAACCAUCAAUAAAGUCCUAACAAAGAUGGGGGGCAUAUAAUUAAUUUCUGCCUUGGGUAGCAAAAUAGCAUGAGCAAUCCCUGUGCUUGAGAAGUAGUGUUGAUCAGGAAAUUUAUUCAUAUUACUUCCCCACAAUCACAACUUGGCAUGCACACUCUGACAUGAUUUUUGUGGCAACUGGGAUCUUCCACAAAAGUUAUACGCAGUAGCAUUUUCCAUGUUAUUAUGACAAAAACAGUGUUAUGCAGUAUUGAUGGAUGCUACUUAGGAUUCCAGUCCUGAGCAUGCUUGCCAGAGGGUGAGUCCCAAUGGAGCUUAUUAGGCUUUCAUUCUAAGAAAAGAAGUUAAGAAUUGUGCUGUGGGUGUUCUUUCAUACUAAAGCUAUGACUGUUUCUUAUUCAACAGCCUAACCUUAACCGUGUUCUGCCACCCAACUGUCUUCCAAUUGAUAUACAUAAUGUUAAAUGUAUCCUUUCAGAAGCUAUUGAUUAGCAAAUGGAAUACUUAAAUUAUGAGUUUUACAUCCGAGCUGCCCGUUCCCUUGAGCUCAGCAAUCGAGCCACAUCACUGCUACUGCCUGUGUCAAUUACUGAAUCGUCUUCAAAGCUAGGAAAGCUUGUAGGGCAAUCGGACUGACUUCCCUAUGCCAGCUAUUACUACUACUGUUGUUGCUACUAAAUUCUUCAGUAUUGCAAGUGUCAAAGUGUAUAGAAAGUGUCUAGCUUUCAGUUUGCUAACCUUUACAGUCGAGAGCAAGUGGUGUGGAAUUGGUGUGAAAGAGACCUUUGGACAGUAGAAAAGAAUACUUGCUUUCUAGACAAUACUUAAGAUGCAAAGAUGGAAGGGAAGUGUUUUCAUCAUGUGAGAGGACUAUGGAGGUCAAGCAGUGGCCUUGGGAAAGAGAGCUUGGAUGCUACUGACUUAGGAAGGGUAAAGAGUUUGCUUAGGCACUGUUAUGUACUGAGUUGAAUAGGAUCCAAAAGGCAGCAGUCUGAUUGGUCCUAGAACAAGAGGAUUCAGAAUGCAGCAGUCUGAUUGAUCCUAGAACAAUAGGGUCCAGAAUGCAGCAGUCUGAUUGGUCCUAGAACAAUGCAGCAGUAUGAUUGGUCCGCAGGAGCCACCCAAUCCAGCUCCAGGUGGAAGUGAAUCCACAACCUGAUUGGCCUAUAGGAGAAUCCCAGAAUUAGCCAAUCACGUGUGGCCCAUUGUGUAAAUAAUGUAUAUAAAGCAGAUAUUUUGGGAAAACAUUCAUUCCUCACUACUAUGAGCUGAAUAAAGAGCAUGAAAUCCACACUUGACUCAGAGUAUAUUUCAGGCACAAAAGUGGGGGCCUGGUAAGCAGAAGGAGGGAACUGCUGGUGGUGAUUUCUUCAGGGAAGAUAUCAAAAGGUGACACAUUAGGAUUGGAUGCUGAGGGUGCCACUGGCUUUAUUACUGGUUCCUGCACCCAAUCGAAACUGGAGGCAGGGGGAGGAGUUGUAUGUAGUUAAUUAUAUUUAAAUUUGACACCCUUCAUUUGCAUGUUCUUAAUGGUAUGUCUCAGAUGUUGUGGAUCCAUAUAAUGAUGUAACAGAAAGAGGUAAAGUUUGUAUAUUAUAACUUGUUUGCCAUUACAAUAGCUGUAGUAGAAAUCAACCUAGAACUCUAUUUUCUUUUUUUCAGCAUCAGUGAAACCAUUUUCAAACACUGCACACCUAAUAUGUAGGUCUAAAAGUGGCUGCAGUUUAUGGUUGAAAGAGAAUGACCUGGUUUUAUUUUAUAUAUUAAAGAAAGUCACUUUUUAAAGGUCCUCUUUUUGCAUGCAGAAAGCUCCAUGUUGAACAAACCAUUCUGCUGCCAUAGGCAAGCGAGCAGGCUGGCAGAGGAACGACAGAUCACUCUGAGCCUACUCCUUCAGCAUGCUUGUUUAGUGUGCUAGUUGUGGAAAGAGAAAAAUCCUUCCUCUGCAACCAACAUGGAAACAAAGCAGGCUAGCGGAGAAGAAUCUAGACCCUCCUCUAAUAGUCCACUGGGUAGAAGGCACUUAAAAGAAAAACUAAAAAACAAACAAACCGUACUCUCCUAAGUUGCUAGAAGCCUGCAUUUCCAGUCUUCUAUGGUCAGCAUGAAAACACAGACUACUGCCCUGUUAGCAGGCUAGUAACUUUUUUUUGGUAGGCUACUAACCUUUGUAGGCUUAUUUACGAAGCUACUGUAAUACUCUUUUUAAAAGCUACAGCUGCUUAAAAUUAUACAGAGUGGGUGGGUGUGUAAGCACCGGAAAACCCUAUGUUCCUAAUGACAAAAAAUUGUAUGCUCAGAAUCAGAUAAUCCUGCACAAAAAUUUAAGACACUCCAAGAGAAAUUUGAGCCGUUUACACUCCGUUGGGAUGGAAUUAUGGGUAACACGCAAUUUGCAAGGUAUGUAAGUUUGUUUCUCAUUAAUUUUGCACAUUUUCUUUUAGUACCUAAACAAAUGCCUAAUAUGUUUGUUCAUAUGCUGCUAGUAAAGAAGUCAAAACAAGGCUGUUGCGGGGAGGGAACCCAGCCAAAAUUUAGUCACUUUCAGGUCCCACUGAUUGCAGUGUGUGGUUUAAGAAAUUUUCCCAUUGUAAAGAAUGGGGCUUAAAGUUGCUCGACCUUUGUGACGUCUUAGUUUAGAAGAAAAAAAAAUAUAAUAAUAAUAAUAAUAAUAAUAAUAAUUUAUUAUUUGUUUGUUUGUUUGUUUAUACAUACCCCGCCCAAAUGGUGAGUAAGGAGUGACCUGGGAUAGGUGUGUAAAAUUAUGCCUGGUACGGAGACAGUGGAUAGAGAGACAUGUUUUCUUCCUUUUUCAUUACACCAGAACUCAGGAACAUCCAAUGAAGCUAAACGCUGGAAGCUUCAGGACAGACAAAAGAAAGCAUUCUUCACACAGUGCAUAGCUUAACUAUGGAAUUGACUCCCACAAGAGGCACUGGUGGCCACAAACUUGGAUGACUUUAAAAGAAGAUUAGUCAAACUCAGCCCAUAGCUGCUAACCCUGAUGGCUGUGUUUUAGCUCCACAGGCAGAAGCAGUCAGCUUCUGAAUACCGGUUGCUGCAAACUGCAGGAGGGGAGAGAGGUUUCUUGCAUUCCUCUUUCCAUAAGCAUCUGAUUGGCCAUUGUGAAAAUAGGAUGCUGGAUGCGGUGCCAUUGGCUUGAUCCAGCAGGCUCAUCUUACCUUCUUAAGCCCGAGCGUGUCAGUCCUUUGCAAUAAAAAUAACCAAAGGAAGAAAAGUAACAGGGAACAGUGGGCAGCUACUUUCAGAAUUUAGAAAGCACGUGCACAGGCAUGCCCUUAUACACUUAAUGCAGAUACUCUUCCUAUCCGUAAAAAUAGAAUUCUAAAUUAUUUUCCUCUUCAUGCACAGUUCGUACAGUAGCAGGGGGUAAGGUGGAGUGGGGUGGCAGCACUCACCUGACCACCAGUCAGCAUCUUGCUGCUGCUUACUGGGAGAUGGGGGACGGCAAGGUCAGUGCAGUGCAAGUGCCUCUCUGAUGCUCCCAGUGGUGCAUUUGCUCUGUGCUAACCUUGUCACUGCUUCCCCACUACUCCUCUCUGCCUCCUGAUAAACAGCAGCAAUGCAGCCAGCCGGAGUGAUUGUUCCGGACUGUGAAUGUUCUUUUGGAACCCGAACAUCCGACGGGGUUUCCACUGCUUCUGAUUGGCUGCAGGAGCUUCCUGCAGCCAAUCAGAAGCCAUGCUUUGGUUUUCGAACAUUUUGGAAGUCGAACAGACUUCCGGAAUGAAUUCCGUUUGACUUCCAAGGUACGACUGUAUUCCUGGCACUAGGGCACAUAGUUGAUGAAAAGUGAUCAUAUUUCUUUAAAUGUAAUGUUUUCUAGAGCUGAGCUGAGCUACUUAAAGUAGCAGAACAUCAUGCUAAUAUAAUUUAAUAGCAUACAGUGCAGACUAAAGUUUUGACUGUUCUUUUUCCCCUCCCUCUUUCAGUCAAGCAGACUGGGAAUACUUACUGAACAACUGCAGUGCAUUUAUCUUCUCUGGACUGGCAAGAUUUCUCUUAUAUACAUUACUUGAAAGAUUAGUUGCUAUGAAUAUCCCAGGUGAUUUUAUGAAGCUGAAAAAGGCUGUUUGCUUUCCUUGCAGAUCAUAACAAAAUUCUAUUUAAUCAGAUUGAAAUAUGUGGUUUUAUUAUUACAAGUGUUAGAUCAGCUUUCUGCAAAAGUUGUCAUUCAAAGGUGAUUUAAUUUGUGGACCCUGUGCAAAUCACAUUAUUAACACAAAAGCUGCUGUAAGCAUGGUUUCUUCUUACAUAGUAUAGGUAAAAUCAGAAGCUUGGGCACCCAAAUUGGACCUCAUCCCCUCAUCCCCUUGUCAGCUUUUGUUUUUCUGGAAUUGGGAGCACCACUGAUGUAGGGAAGAGGGAGGCUCAGCAUGGGCCUCUCUCAUGUGGCCUGGGAAUUUUAAGGUGUCAGAAAGGAGCCAUUAGCCGCUCCCACAGCAUGAGAUUUACAUCAGAUGGGGUACUUACAACCCUGUAUUGAGGGGGGUCAUCCCUUGAGGCACACUUUCUGAAUAAUGGAGCAAAUUUCUGGUCCAUGGAGUGGUCUUGGGAUGAUGUGCCUUAACAACUGACUGCUCAACACUGCACAGUUUUAUUACAUCUUGAUGGCAGUACUAGCAAGGCAAACAUAGCAGUGAAUGGCUGAGACCUGAAACAAAAUGUGGCCCUUUGCAGUGCUCCCAUUCACUGUUCCAAUGCAUCAGCCAUGCUUCUUCAACAUGCUACAUUUUGUUCCACAGCCACUGCACCAGGUUUUCUGUUACCUACCCCUGGUUGAUCAGCAUUCCACAACCACUGAGCAUGCUCAGUCCUUAUUGACUGUUAGGGAGUUGUUCCCUUGAGGUCUUUUAUCAAGGUUUUUAAAAUACUUCUUGAAACCUUGGGGUUUCCAAUUUCCAUCACUGCCUCCCCUGAUUUCUACCUAAAUUCCACAGCCCCCAUGUCACACACCAUACCAUUUUGGAUAAUUUCACAGGGGUCUGCAGUGAGGAAUGUGGGAUAUUAAAGCCUUGUUAGACAAGCAAGUUUCUCAUGUAUCUUUGGUUUGCUACUGAAGUAUAACAUUCAUAUUAUUGCUUCCCUUCCCACAGAGUGUCAGUUGGUGAUACUUUCAGAUCUCGUGCAUUCAAAACCAAGUACUGCACGAGUGAUAAACCUCGAUGGGUUUAAGAGGUAAGAUUGGCAUAAGUUUUAAAGUCAUUAUGUGCAAGGCAGUCCUAUACUUCCUCUACUCCAAAGUAAGUGCCACUGAGUUCAAUGGAACUUACUCCCAGGAAAGUGUGCAUAGGAUUGCAACUUAAAUUCCUCAUUCUUUGCUGUCAAGAAUGGCCGCUCACCCAGUCCCAGGGUGAGCGAUGAUUGCAGCCUAUCAUGGCAGACUCUGGGCCCCAGAGAGCAACGCUAUGUUUCUGUCCGCCCGCUAAAGACCAGCUAAACCCGAUCUCAGGACCACAGUCCCUAUAUGUUUUAUGCCCUGCUUCUCUCCGCCUGGCUUGGGGCGGGGCCUGACAGGCUCCAUAAAGGAGUGCUGCUGCUGCUGCUGAGCAGAGAGGGCUCCGUUUUUGUUUUGUUUUUUAAAUUGCUUUUAUUUUUUAUCUACGUCAUUUUAAAUUGUGAUAUUAAUGCUGUCUUCUUAGUUUUAGAUUUUAUGAUUUAUGUGGAAAUUGUUUUCCAUUUGGUUGUGUACCUUUUGAUGUGUUUUAUUUAUUGUUUAUGACUUUUGUUAUGUUAGUAAUUAUGCAAUUCUUGUCAUGUUGUAAGCCGCCUUGAGCAUUGUUUUAACUAUGGAAAGGCGGCAUACAAAUAAAAUGAUGAUGGUGAUGAUGAUGAUGAUUUUGUAUUUAAAUUGUUUUUAAACUUAUUUCUUGUAAGAAACGCAGAGAACUCUAUAAAGAUACUGUAGAAAAUAAAUAAAAUAUUUAAUGCCAGACAUGUUGGUGAGAAAAAGAUAAGAUAAAAUGCAGUUCACUUUCUAUUCUUGUGAACUGAUAAAAUUUGAAUGAACGGGUUUUGUCUCUUUUGGUCAGGUCAUUUAAGAAUGUCUGUACCUGUAAUUUUCAUUCAUUGCAUUUUUUUUUUCUUUUCUUUUUUUAGCUCUGUACGCCUCUCUCUGGAAAAGCCAACAGAGACAACAAUCUUUCUGAGCCUUGCUGGAGUGCGUUCUGUCAUAGCUAACCAAUGGUAUACGACGCUGGAAGAGAAUGCGACAAAAAUGGAAAGCUUAUGUGAAAGUGUGUAAUAGCAACCUUCAUAAAACAGCUGAGCCUAAUGCCUUUCUUGUCAAUGGUGACGUUAGUGUUCAUGCUUAGAUGUGAACAAAUGAAGCUUCUAUACUUCGAUGAAAACAGGGAUGUCCUAUUCCAUCAUCAUCAUUUUAUUAUUUAUACCCUGCCCAUCUUACUGGGUUACCCCAGCCACUCUAGGCAGCUUCCAACAUAUAUAAAAACAUAAUAAAACAUUUAAAAACUUCCCUAUACAGGGCUGCCUUCAGAUGUCUACUAUAGGUUGCACUUAUCUCUUUAGUUCGGGUCACAUAACUCCAUACUCUCUGACGACAAUAGGGCUAUCCUACCAUGCCCUCCAACAUUUCUCCAAUGAAAAGAGGGACGUCCUAAGGAAAAGUGGGAUAUUCUGGGAUUGGAUCAGAAACCAAGACUGCUUCUGUAAAUCCUGGACUGUCCCUGGAAAGUAGGGGCAUUUGGGGGUCUGUACUCAUGAAAGGCCUAGAGCAGUGGGAACAUGCUCCCAAUCCAAAUUUGUGCCUUGGGCUGGUUUCCUAUCAAAACUCCCCCAGCUGCUAUUUGUCCCAAAUAGUACUUACUGUUUGCAUCAAAUAGCAGCUGGGGAACAACUUUUAGCAAGAAGGCAGUGCAGGACCUUGAUGGGAUAAGGAACACAUUCCAAUUGGGGCUUCGGUAUUGCUUUUUCUUGAAAACAGAUGUGACCAAUUUAACCUCAUACUUAAAUGUGUGCAUAAUCUGAAGUAUAGCUUGGUCCACAGGAUUUCAAAAGGCCAUUGAUUUCAGUGGGCUUCCAUGCAGCUAACUCUGGUUAAGACUGAGCUGUCAUUUGCAAAUGUAGAAGAAAACUGCAGGUUCCGCUUCCAUGUUUUGUUUUGAGUGUGUUCAAUUAUAAAACUACUAUGUUUCUUUGCAGAUUUUAUCAAAGUAGGCAAGACAACUGGACAGGCUGUUCGUUUUCUUCAAAGGAGUAAGAGUGCUGUGGAUGAACCUCCUAAAAGUAAGAUUUAAAAGUUUUAAAAAUAAAGUACACAGAUUGGAAUGUGAACAGAUCAAAAUCUUCCACCAUUUUCUUCUCACCAUUUUCUUAUUUGAUUAAAAUGCCAUUAUAUUGUAUAUUACAAGCACCGGAACUGCUGAGCUUGCUGGUAGAAAUGGUAUCACUCUCAUCUAAGCAAUUUGCUAACCUCAUAUUGAAGACACCAAGCAGGGUUUAAAAAAAUCACAUAUUGAAAGAUGCAUAUAUUUAAAAGAGUGUGUGUGAAAAAGAGAGUGAAAUGUCUCCCAUAAGGAAGGUAUUGUUUUUCCCCAAAGGGGCAUAUCUGUACAUAGCUCCAGUGCUAAGAACAGUUGCUCCUCUGAAUAUUGGGUUUGUGCUGAGCCAUCAAAAUAACUGAAUUAUAUUUCUAUAUGCAGCUGUAAUGCCAACGUUCUUCCUAUUUACUUACUACAAAAAAGGACUCAAAGGUCCAAGCUGAAUGUGACACAGGAGAUCCAGAAUUAGAUUCUCUCACAGUUGAAAAGAAAUUAAUAGCAGACAUAGGGAUCCCAAAACAGUCCUCGACUGUGGCACCAGAGAAGGGGGAUUAACGCCAUCCCUGCUCUGUUUUCCUAAUUAAAUUGGCUCCCCAAACCUGUUAUUUGCUGCACUUGGGGGAAAUGACUAGAGAUACUUGUAACAGGAAUGUUUACUUGUCACCAGUGACCAGAGGUUUCUGUAAGUUCAAGACAGGGAUGCCUUUUGCUGUCAAAGGUUGUUGGAACCACAUUUCCUCCCUCAGAGAAUUCUGAGCACUGUAGUUUGUUAAGAGUUGCUUAUAACUGUUUCUCUAUUGGGGUAAACUACAGUCCCUUUAAAGUUAUAGUAUGUAUAUAGCCAAUAACAGUUUCUCUCUGUCAGGUAGAAGAGAUGGUUUCCCAACAGUUACCGUAUUUUUCGCCCUAUAGGACGCACUUUUCCCCUCCAAAAAUGAAGGGGAAAUCUGGGUGCGUCCUAUGGGGCGAAUGCAGGCUUUCGCUGAAGCUUGGAGAGCGAGAGGGGUCGGUGCGCACCAACCCCUCUCGCUCUCCAGGCUUCAGGAACACAUCCGCAGCCUAGGCAGCCCUGCGGGAGUUACCGCAGGGCUGUCUAGGCUGCAGAUAGCAGCUUGCUUCCUGGAGCGCCGGGCGCGCUGAAAGCAGAGCACCCGGCACUUCGGGAUCACAUCCGCAGCCUAGGCAGCCUGAAGCAGAGCGCCCCUCGUGCUGGGCAGACAUCCUCAGCGUAUUGGAGCCCUGGGGAGUUCCCCGCAGGGCUCCCCACACUGCGGAUAGCAGCCUGCUGCCCGGCGCAAGGGGCGCCCUGAAGCAGAGCGCCCCUCGUGCUGGGCAGACAUCCUCAGCGUAUUGGAGCCCUGGGGAGUUCCCUGAAGGGCUCCCCACGCUGCGCAUAGCAGCCUGCCACCCAGCGCGAGGGGCACCCUGAAGCAGAGCGCCCCGCCCGCCGGACAGACAUUGGCCAGCCCCACAAGCUCGGGGGACAGCAAGGAGACGCAGCGCCGCCAUCCUGCUGUUCCUCAACCUGGUUCGGUUUCCCCGACCUGGUUUGGGGGGGGAAAUCCUUUAUUUCCCCCCCAAAAAACUAGGUGCGUCCUAUGGGACGAAAAAUACGGUAAUAUUAGGAUUAGCUACCCUUUGAUAGUAUCUAGCUUUAUGGCAUUUAAUUCAGACAGUUAUUUAAUGUUUAGCAAAGUUUCUGAUCACUAGGUUAUUUUAUGAGUUAAUUUUAGAUCUGAUUACAUGCAGUUCUUAGGGAUUUCAGUGAUUUCUGAACACUUCUAUAUGAAAAAUAAAUAUAUGGAUAGACAAGUGUAUAUCCAUACAUGGUAAUGUAUAUAUAGUCCAGGACUAAAACUAUGUUAAGAGUUCUCCUUCUCCACCAUAUGUAGCACCUGAACAGGCCUAAAGAGACAGGUAUCUAAGCAAGUAGACAUUAAAACUCUGGGCACCAUUCAGCCAGUGUUAAGCCCCUUUAAAUCCAUUUGAUGUCAAUAGGAAAGUUGGGUUCAUGUUUAAAUCUCUUCCAUUAGAAGCAUUUGCUUAAAACUGCUUAACUUGAACAGGAUCAUGCUCUCGGUUUCUUUAAAAUAUCUCUAUAGCUAAAAGAAAUUUUUAAUUUGUUCUGAACUGUGUUUCUAGCGGAGCUGGAUACCCCUGAGGACAAGAAAGAAGACCAGAGAGAAAGUCCUGGUGGGCUAGUGCACCCUGCCCCACAGCCAUCAGCUCUUAAUACCGUUUUAUAUGGGCUGCCCAACAUGAUGUUUGUGUGAUUCACAACCAAUUUCUUUAUGAAAUAUGGAAAGUAUGGAAAUACGGAGCUCUAAAUAUGGUUAGAUUGUGAAGUGAAACUAUUUUUUCUGUAGUUUGAUAAAAAUAAGAGUUUAUAAAAGUUUGAGCAGUGCUUAGUGGCUCUUUUGAAUUUAAAUAUGUAUUAAAUGUUUUUUUGCUGUUGACCGUUUCCGAUUUGCUCAGGACUUUUCACUGCAGAUUUUGAGGCCUGUUUUCCUGCUUAUGUGUACUCACAAGCUAAAUUGUGUGUGUGACACUACUACAUGCUGUACUAUUAGCUGUACAAAAAGCACUUAUACUGACACCUAGUGAUCACAACAGUGCAUUUCAAAACAAGUUUAGUAUGCUAACCUAGGAGGGAAAGCACCCGUUUGUUCCAGUUUUGUAUGCUUCAGUAACCAUUCGUACAACCAUCUAUAUUGACAGUAGCAGACCAUCUGUGUAAAUAUCAUGUAUGUGAGGUUACAAAUAAAGUGUGCUUGUUGGGUUUAGA